GGAACCAUAACAAGCUUAAGAGCUGGAUUCCGAGCGUGCAAGUGCAUCAGAGGCUUUCAUCGCGUGAGUCGCUUUGGUCAUUGUGAAAGCUGUCCAUCACAAGGACUGGAAUGUGUCAAUGAAUCAGUUUCCCUGAAGAAGGGCUAUUAUUGGCAGUGGGACUCAGAAGUUAAGAGACUUGCUUAUGAAGCCUUCGCCAAAAAUUUAGAAAUAGAGGAUGAAACCUACUUGAUGAAUACAUCUUUAUACAAUGGAACUCUUCCAAAGCCUUACCAGUGCCCGCGGGUAAAGUCAUGCGAGGGGGGACUAGAAUCUAAAUGCGCUACUGGUUACUCAGGCCCCCUGUGCGAGGUUUGCCAAAACGGAUAUUACAAACGGGUUCUUGCUUGCAAAGCUUGCCCUUCCGGUACCUGGGUCAUUGUGCAGCUUUGUCUAUGUGGUGCUGCCGUUCUCGUUCUCAUUAUAAUUUUGAUAUGGAGCGGAAGGAGAAAGAAAACAAGUGAAAAACGCCCGAUGAUUGACAUCCUGCUGGCCAGACUGAAAAUUGUGAUUGGCUUCUAUCAGGUAACAUCCGGGAUAGUUGAAGCAUUCGUCUACGUCAAGUGGCCGUCAUCCUUGUCUAUGAUUGGUGACUACGCCGAAGUGAUCCAACUAAAUAUCCUGCAAUUUGUUCCUCUUCACUGCCUCUUUCCGUCUUGGAAACAAGACGCGUUUAGCAAAAUGUACUUUUUGCUGGGUAGUAAUGCUGGCGUAGCUACACUCGCGUUUGUAGGCUACUGGAUUAGAAAACUUUUCCUUUUAGGUAAAUUCAACUCGAAUUCCUCUAAAAUGAGGGCAAAGUUAUCUACAACAAGGGAGUUUCUAUAUCGUAACGUGUUUUUGUUUCUGUUCAUAACAUACCCAAGCACUUGUUCAGCGAUUUUGAGGACCUUUCCCCUAGCAUGUCACAAGCUCUGUACGGAGAGUUCCUGCACGCUUUAUCUCAAGGCAGAUUACAGCGUCAAGUGUGAAGGUGAAAAAUAUCAUUUCUUCAAGCUCUUUGCUUUUGGAGCUUCGUCAUACGUCGUUGUUCUUCCAGGGCUGGUAUUGAUAGCGUUAUGGAGGCAAAGAAGAAAACAGGUUUUGCGCGAUGAAUCUGGCGAAGAGGAGGCAGUGGGGAUUAACAGAAUAGGAUCUGAGUUUGAUGACAUUGCGUACUGUGCUUCUGAAAUCGCAGAAGAAAAUGAUGAGAUCAACGGGGAUGAAGAUGCAGAAGAGGGUAAGGAUACUUGCGCCUUUACAUCUUUUUCCAGAAGAAUAAUUUACUAUAAACAAUUCCUUUGUCAAGAAAAAAAAAAGCUAAAUCGCAAAAAGUAUCCUUCUGAUUUGGGAAAAUUACAGUUAUCUCCACCCCGUCUCCACUUAAAUCUCUUCUUGCCGAGGUCAAGGAACUCCCCACAAAGCGUUAGAUUAGGCCCUAAAAAUACUCUUUGGUAUUGAAUUCCCUCGGGCAUCGAGACAGAGUUUUUACAAGCGAGAUUAUAGCUAUCUGCCUACAGUCGUGGAACUCUUCUUAAUUUUUACUGUAUUUGUUUGCCAGGUUUUACGUUUCGUUUUUCUUUGCAGCGGUUAUCCAUCCAAUCGAGAGAGAUUAUGAGAGCUGCUACAUCACCCUUGUAUUUCUUUGCUUUCCACAGAAAGGCCUAAUGAAGAAUCAGAACUCAUUUCUGGAAUGAGCUUCCUGUACGAGAACUACAAAGAUGACGCUUGGUACUGGGAGCUAGUGGAAGUCGUAAGAAAGCUCAUACUGACUUGUGGGAUUAUUCUGAUUGGCCGCGAGAGUAGAGCGUACGUGGGACUGGCCUCUAUCUGUUCUGGAUUGUUCGCAAUUUUUUACGCUUUUCGAAAACCAAUCAGAGAUGAGUUUGAAGAUAAAUUGCAGCUUACGUCACUUCUUGUGAUUUUUCUUAAUCUCGGUAUUGGAGUGAUAUUAAAAAUCCCCAAAGAAUCAGUGCCGUCAGAUGUAGAUCAAUAUGUGGACUCACUGCUGGUUAAUAUACUUGUAGUGGGAGCCAAUGUCUUGGUGAUUGUUCUUGUUGUAGGUAUGUUAAUAAAGACAUUACUUACAUCGUUCAUUAGUACUACUAAAGCACACAUGUCUGAGUGGUCUGCCAAAAUGUUCUUGUUUAUCAACAGUUCAUAGGUUUCAGCAUCUUCAUUUAUUCAUUCAUUAGAGCGUUCGUUUAUUCAUUCAUUUAUUCUUUCAUUCAUUUUUCCCUAUAUUGAUUCACCUUCAGUCCUUAGUAAAACUCUACAACGAGCAUCAUCCAUGGCUUUUAACACAGAAGAGCUUCUACAACUAAUGUUGGGACCCAAGGUCAAAAUCUGGCCGAAAAGUGAACGAACUCAUGAUCGACUGUUUACAUUCUGUUUACAAGGUGUUUCUUUCUAUGAAAGAAUAUUGAUUCAUGAACUCCAAGUUACAAUUUGAACGGCAUUUACAGUUUACAGCUGUAAUCUUACUUCGGCAAAGUCAUGGAUUUGUUGUUUUGAUUAUUUCCUUACCACGCAAGACCAAUUAAACAAGCUAAUAUCAACAACCGAACCGGUCGUUUACUCACUGUGUUCCUUCAAAUAUUUCAUCAAUGCAUCAUCGAUGCAUUCAUCAAUGCACUAUCAAUGCAUUCAUCACUGCAUCAUCAACGAAUUCAUCAAUGCAUUCAUCAAUGCAUCAUCAAUGCAUCGUGCAACGUACCAUCAACGCAUAAUCAAUGUAACAUCAAUGCAUUCAUUACAGCAUUUAUCAAUGCAUCCUCAAUGCGCCAUCAAUGCCUCAUCAAUGUAUUUAUUGCAUCAAAUGCAUCAAUUUCUUCCAUUCAGUUCUUCCUUUCAUCAUCAGUGCGUCUCCAGUACAUUUAUCAAUGCAUCAUCAAUGUAUUAAUCAAUGCAUUCAUAAUGCAUCAUCCGCUGAAUGCAAUCCAUCAAUGCAUCGUCAAUGCAUUUUCAAUGCUUCAAUAAUGCAUCAUCGAUGCUUCAUUAAGGUGGCUGAACACAGUUUUGCGGGCGGUCAGCGGUAACUAGCGUGAAGGCGCGUGUUUUAAAUUAGACAAACAAACAUGGCGGCGAAAAAGCAAUGGUACACAGAAGAAGAUUUCUCAAAAUCUACUCAUUAAAAUUUUGUGAUAUUUGGCAAAGUUUUUACUUUUAUUGUAUUUUAAAUAAUGAGAACUUUAAAAUGGAAGUUGAACAGACGAAUUUUGUAACACAUUUAAUAAUUACAGUACCAUUAUAUUAUUGAUUAUCUAAAAUCCCGUCUGUUAAAAUUUGGUCAAAUAAGUCUCAAACGGUAAUGAUUAAUUAUAGUAAGCUGUGUGCAAGUUUAUAGGAAAAUCUAAUGAGCGAAUUUUAUGUAAACUGAGCAAAAGUGGAAUUAUAAGGCUGUAUUCAAUCGUUUAUGUUGCCAUGGAAACUACGAAAACGUCAAAUUUUACCUGUCAAUCAAAACUUUUUAUCAGUGUAUUUUUCACUUGCCAAGUUUCAACUUGUGAGCUGCAACCUUUCGCUUGCCAUGAUUUGGCAAAGGACACAUACUCAUGAAUUGCCAAAACUGUGUUCAGACACCUUAAUGCAUUAUCAAUGCAUUUAUCAAUAUACCAUCAAUGCAUCAUUGCAUCAACUGCAUCAAUUUCGUUCAUUCAGUUGUUUCUUUCAUUUAUUCAAUUCAUUUAAAUUAGUUCAUUUGCAUUGCUGUUCGGUCAUUCGCUCCUUUGUUUCUGUCACUCCCCGGCCUUCCGCCUUUCUUCUUUCCUUUUUAAAUUCACUUUACCCGUUCAAUUCAUUUUUCAGGCCUUCAUUCCGGUUCGUUCUCCGUUCGUUCCUGUAUUCCGUCAUCUACUAAUAUAUCAUUUCUGUGCCUCGCUAAUUCUUGAUUUAAUACCUUAUCCACUAGGUCGCUACCUUGCUGUGUUAAUUCACAAUUUUAUGCUUUGGAGAAAAAAUCCACAAUGCUCUGCAACUUGCUGUAUCACCAUGCUUCUGUCUUUGAACGAACUAACCAGCGGCGUGAAUUCAGUAGCAAGCAUGCGCAAGACAAACUUCCGGACCAACCUGGGAAUGGGAGGAGUAGAUAUGCCUUCGAUGCGAUCAGCUGUAAAUGAUAAUGUCGGCUUUGAAAUUGAAGGAAAGGAAGAGGACAUAAAGGGGAAAAAAGACAAAGUAACGGAUACAAGAGGAGUUAGAUUUACCGACGUAAAAGGACCAACCGAUGAAAUGUUGUCAAACAACAUAAUAAGACGUGGUAUUCCUGAAGGACGCCGUUUCAGCAGUCGAUUUCCAGAAAGACAAAUCAGGGCAUCGAAUUCUUAGACAAUGCUCUGACGCCUUCAUUUUUUACAGUAAUCAAAUUAACUGACUCUGAGUCUGUUCCUACUUUAAAGCUACGUUUGAAAACUUUUCUUUUUAGAUAUAAUUUUUGUAAAUAGUUCAUUUAGGUUGUAAGCGCAUUGAGAUUUCUUUAUCAUAAAAACCUUUUUAUUGUUAUUAUCAUUAUCACAUAGCAGUUUCCCCAAAUAAGGGAGUGUCCCCCGGGACAUGACCUUGAGAAAUGACGCAAUGAUAAUCAGCUCAUCUAAAGAAAUCAACGUUUUGUAAAUCAUCUAAUCAGUCAGAAGGAAAAGGCGUUGAUCGUUUAUCAAAUUCUCUUGACUUAUUCUUUAAGAAAAUGUAUGGAGAUUAAUCUGAAGAAUUUGUUUUUUGGAUAUUGGUGUUUCAGUGAAUAAAAUCUAAGAUGAACGCCUCGAGGGCUUACUCCCUAUAAUGGCCUAUACGGGAUGGCUAAUACAAUCCUCGGCGACAGGUGUACCUUUUUCAAGCUUCACCUAUAUGAAUGAGUAGGGAAUUCACUGGUUCAUGUAUAUAUAUGGUGGGGGAAAUCCGUCAUUUCGUUCUGUAAAAGGACAUAAAAGCCAGCUAACAGACGCAUCUUGGGCCGUAAAAAGGACAGGAAAUCAUACUUGUUUUGUGAUUUAUUCAUAUUUUUAAGAAAGACGUUGCAUUUACAGUAGUUAAAAGGGCUGCAAGUUCUAAACUAACUAUGUGAAAGAGACUGACAUUUGUCGAUAUAAUGUAUAUGAUAGGGGUAUUUUUCUGUCAAAAAUGGUAUAUAAAAGAGGACGGGGUCGGACCUUAGGGCGGAGCCUCCCUGUUAUGCUCCCGUCCCUGUAUAUAACUUCGUUGAGGCCUGACCCCUUCUCCGGCGAUGAACGCCAUCUCACCUGUCGCUGUACUUAAUUUAAGUUUUCAAGCCGUAAAACGAUGAGCGCCAGGAGUCCCUAUGGGCUCCUGUGAGAGCUUUAUUUGUUAUUUUACUUGUUUUUCGGUGCCUGAGGCAGAAGGUUAAAAUAAACUUGAGCUAGGUUCAUGAAAUGGUAGCUUAUAAAAACAAUUUAUCAUCUACCGAGAGAAUAGACCCUUCCAUGGAUUUUAAACUUUUGACAUGGACCAGUCAGGAAAAAUCCGUCGACACCACUGGAAGAGCGCCUUAAGUUAGUAACAUCGCCAAGUUUGGAGGUGAUACGUCUUAAGCGAGGGAAGAUAUAGUUCCGCAGUCCUCCGCAAAGUUGGGAAAACGGAUUUACUGACGUUGACGUCUGUAAAAUUUCUCGACUUUAUGGAGCUUUCAUCUUCGUUAGUUUUCAACAAAUCAGUUUCAAACUUGGCAAUUUCACUAAUUUAAUGGCGGUAUUUCCAGCGGAGUUGAUGGAUUUUCCCUUACUUGCCCAUUGGAAAAAAAAACAGUGGAAAGGUCUUGCUGGUCUAGAAAAUAUUUUGUUCUUAUCGUGUGGCAAGAAUUUUUUGCGGGAGUUUGUUUUUGGGCAUUGGUGAUUUUGUGUUUUGCGGAAACUAAUUUUUUUCGACUAGGACAGAUUGGUUCUUCUUGAUGGGAAUUAAUUUUUCCGAUUUUCAGCAAGUCCUGGACAAAUCAUUGAUAAUUUAUAGAGAGAUUUAGUGUUAAACGUGAAAUUGUACCACGAGACCAAGUUUUCCCCUUAAUAAUUGUUUACUUUUCAUUACUUCUGCUCAAAAAUGACUGGUAUCACGCCAAUUUUAACCAUGAUAAGAAUUCAUCGGGACAUCUUUUAUCUGCGUAUUUCCUAUUUUAAGACACUCUCAACGUGAAUCUGACGUUUGCCGUUUGCCGUAAACAGGGGCACCCAACGGAAAAUUUUGAAAAAAAGACCUAAAAACAACAAAAAAGCAUGAAUAAAGAUGUCUGAAGCUAUUUUAAACAUUUUGGGAGAUUGCUGGGAAAAAUUCAUCUGUUCCUCACUCCCAGCAAGACUGAUGAAAAGGUUCCCAGCCAGCAAGGUGCACAUUCAACCUUCAACCUGACUUACUGGGAAGUUUCCCAGCAGACGUAGGCCAUAGGGCAAAAUUCAGCCCUUCAGGGGGGGGGGGGGGUGAUAAGAAAUUGGGUGUGGCCUAAAGGCUACAUUCAGCCCUUCAGUGGAGGUGGGGGGGGAAGGGCUAAGAGGUUUCUGACAGAUAGCGCACAGCAGCUAUUCUACACAUCAAAUCACCUAAGACACCCACAAUUUUCCAAUUUCCAAGGACAUAUUAUUUUGUCCAAAUCUCCCAGCCAGCAAAAAUUUGCCUGAAGAACAGAUAUUUUGAGGAACAGAUCCAUUGGGUGCCCCUGGCCGUAAAAGUGAGAAAACGCAGUAUGUAAAUACAUAGUUUCAAACAAUACUACGAUGUGCGUACCCUGGGCAAAACCAGUAAACAGAUUACUUUUCCUUGUCAUUCUAAUUCGAUUACAGACGAACAGACACGAUUUCUCAGUCCUGCAUUUUUGCCUAGCGAAUUUAAGUUAUAUACCCUGGAGUAAAUUUUUGAGGGAAAAAUAUUGGCAGUAAUUUUGUGGCGGGAACUUAUUUUUGCGAAUCACUGGAAAAAUCGCAAAAAUUAGAACCCGCAAACGUUUCGUGCCACAAGGUAUCUCUAAAAGCUUUGUGAUGAGUCUCCAAGUCUCCCAUUUUGUUUGUUUGUUUUUCUUUUCGUCUCGGAGACUUUUACCUCAAAUUGUUGACCGGGGAGCCGGCGACUCCCGUAUACAAAACGUACGGGAUAUUUUUAUCGGAGUCGGAGUCGGUAAGAGCCCUUAUGACCUAGUGAAAAUCAAACUCGGAGUCGUAAGCGGAGUUACAAGCGCGACGGAGUGGGAGUCAGAAGAAUCAGUUGAGUAUAGCGUCCGUAGGCAAAAAGAGAAGUUUCUGUGGAGUUUGUGACUUGGAAAAUAGUGCCUAAAGGCUGGAGCAAGUCCUCGAACAGUCAAGCGGUACGAGACAAGUUUGUCAUUUUGUCUUUUCCGUUCAUUUUGCCGUGCGUCAGUUCAGGAACAGAUCAAAGAAGACGUUCAAAUGAGGUAAGAACAAAUACUGAAGUUGUAUACUCGCCUACGGCUUGUGUCAGUGCCACUACCGUAUUUCUUCGAAUAAUUACCGGGGGGCGAAUAUUUCUUUUUUCGCACCAAAAGGGGGCGAUUAUUCGAGGGAGGCGAUUAUUUCAAAUACUGCUCACUGCAUGGAAGGUCGUGCAUUAAAUAUUUUGGUUUAUAACAUAACAUAACAUAACAUAAAACUUUAUUUAUACUCGAAUUUUAGAGUAGCUAACAAGCUAAUAUCUUCGAGCUGACACUACAUAAAAAUAAUAUAGGAAAUAUAUAUAUACAUUAAAUGCAUUAUAAGAAAUAAUAAUUAAAUAAUUAAUAAUAAUAAGCACAUAAAAGAAAAGAAAAGAAAAGAAAAUAUUAUUUACAAUUCACAAUUUUAAGUUUAAGUAUGUCAGGCAAAAAGAAUCUACAAGAAGGUAACAUCCUGUAUUUUGGUCUUAAAGUCUGCAAAAAAACUGGUACGAAAAAAGUCCGGCAGUGCAUUCCACUGCUUAGCUGAAAAGUAAGAAAAGGAGUUAAGACCAUAGGUAGUUGUUUUAGGUUUACUUAGUGAAAAAAUGUAGUUGCCACGAAGAUCAUAGGAAGAGGACUGGAGUGAAAACAUAUUCUUCAUAUAAGUAGGAAAAUGAGUGAAAAACAAACUCUUAUAUAACAGAAUGAGGAAAUUUUGAAUGCGUUUGUUACACAACGAAGUAGAGCUGACUUUUGAGAGAAGAGUGUUGUAUGGAGACGAGUAAUCUCCAAGUAUAAAUCUAAGUAUUCUUUAAUUUAAAGCUUCAAGCUUAUCCGCACCGCGCGCUCCACAAAAUUGCCAGACAGAGGAGCAAUAAUAAAAGUGAAGUAAAAUAUACGCUUUGUAAAGUUUGAAUAAGAUUUCCUUGCGUAUCAGUUUUCGAAAGCGCAACAUAACAUUAAAUUGAUUAUUAAUCUUUUUGCAUACAUUUGAUAUAUGUUUAGAAAAAUUCAGUUUAUUAUCUAUUUCCAUUCCAAAAAUCUGUAACGUGUCCUUUACUGGGAAGGAAAAAGAAUACUCCGUAUCACCGAGGAUUAGACACUGGUGCUUGCUCUCAUUAACUAACAUCCCAUUUUCAUGGUACCACUGAUUGGCCACGCCAACAUCAUGAGAUACGCAUGCAUCCAGAGCUGCCGGAUCGACGUGGGAGUAGUAUACGUGAUGAUCAUCCGCAUAAGCGUUCAACUUGGCCUUCUUGACGUGGAAGAAAAGACCGUUUAUGAGAAUGUUGUUUAUUAUCCCAUUAAAUCAAAGAAAUAUCACAUCAAAUAAACUGAACAUGGGCUUCUAAAGUGUUCCAAAUGUGGUUCCUUGAUUAAAUUUUUUACCCUAAUGAUUCGAUUUAGCGCCCUCCUUCCAAUAGGCACCCCUUUCGAUUAAGCGCCCCUAUUCUUACAUUAUAAUAUUAGAGUACGGGUACGUAUCAACCGAAAUUCGUCUUCCUUUAAUUGCUCACAAACAAAUGGUAAUGCUGCAUUACAAAACAAGGAUUCUUUCGACGGGAUCACCAAAUCGGACGUUAAAGAUACCGCACUAGAAAGCUUUCAUUUACAGUGUUGAUAUUAGUGACACUGUCAAAGCUAUCGGCGUAGAAAUAGAUAAAAAUUCCCUCAGGUUAACUGAACAUUCACGGUAUAUUUGUUACUGUUAAAGUUUCUGUUUUAAUUGUUCGUUUUGAAUAAUCAAGUUAAGGUUUUGUUUUGAACAUUGGGUUGUUCCUCAAAAAAGAAAUAAGCGCCCUCCCUUGAGCGGUGUUCAAAAGUAAAUAAGCGCCACAGGCACUAAAUCGAAUCAUGACGGUAAUUUUCGAUCGUCACUGAUCAGUUUUGCUGGAUCAGAUUCCACUUCAAUUUGACGAGGAGGGAAUAAAAGAAAGAGAAGAUGGCAAGAAGGGUUGGGAGGGGGGGGUGGGUGGGGCGAUUAUUUCAAAUAUUUUUUCAAAGGGGGCGAUUAAUCGAGGGACGGCUAUUAUUCGAGAACAUACGGUAUUUAUCUGUGAUCCUAUGCGGUUUUAGAAAAGAACAAAUACUGAGUAUUAUACCGGAUCACCCCGGGGGUGGAGGGGGGGGGGGAGGGCGGAAGAGACCUCAUAAUUGCUAUUCUGAACCAGGCUGGGCAAUACUUGGACCAUGGGUUAAAUUUAGAGCACUCUUAGUCGAUGCUGACAUGAAAGAGAACAAAAAACAAGAGCAAAGACGUGACAGAUAAAACUGUGUGCAAGACCGUACUUGGCGAAGAAAAAUUCUUAGUUUGACCUUGCGGUGGAAAAUCAUGGAAAUUGAAAAAGAGGGAGAAAAUGCUUUGGUAAGUAAUUUAUUUAAAAUGAAUACAUACAUGGCCAGUCGCGAUCUGGAAAGAUCUUACAAGCGGCAGUUUAUGAUAGCUCAACAGACAUUAUUUGCUAUAUAUGCUAAUUCAGUUAUUGAUUAUAAUAGUGGCUAAUUGCUCUAUUUAGUAAUAAAUGAAAUAUACUAUUCAUUUUAAAUUAAUGCUCCAAUAGGCCACUUUCCCGCUGUAAAUUCAAUCAAAACUCAGAAUUCGGUUUCUUUUUGCCUUAAUUAUUUAAGUAUCUCAAUCUUACAAAUGCUCAAAAAACAUUAGAGUGAAUUUAUGAAAUAUAAUAUAUUUACUGACUGCAGAAGAAAUAUACAAGUAAAGAUAAUCAUUUAAGAAACAAUAGCCCAGAUUUGUACAAGAAAAAUACAGACUAAACGAUUCAUGCAGGAGGUUGUAGUAAAAUGACAGCAUCAUACAGAUAUUUUGUUAUUGUUCAUCAAGGCAAAUUUCAGAAUCUGGUGAGCCAAGUAAAGUAUUGAGCAUGGCAAACGCCUGCUGCAGGUUUUCUGGGACAUCAAAUUCUGGAAUCUUCAUGCUGACGGAAACAUCGUGGAUAGGCACAACGCAGUACUGACGGCAGUUAACGGUUUUCCAAGGAUACUUGUAGAUUUCUUUGGUCAGAGUGGUUUUUGUAUUAGGUAGAAGACACGCAGCAAUGUGGAUUCUAAAUCGCUUGUUCAAAAUACAACCCAAAAGGGCUACGGCAUUGCUUAGUGCCCAUAGAGGGAUCUCAGGAAGAUCUGUAGCAUUUUGGGGUUGGAAAUAAGGUAUGACAAGUCCACGAGUUUUGCCUUUGAGUACAUUGAAUAGGUGGAUCAACAUUUGAUAGACGCUUUCGGUUGUUCUUACGCGAUUGAAGACCACCUCCGGGAUGCAUGUGUAGUCUUUCGGUAGAGUGUUCCAGUCAGAUGGCUUGGCUGGUAGUACAAUAUCCGUGUAACUGAUCAUCUCGGGGCUAAUAUUCCCUGUAGCUAUCCCGUAAGCAGCACUAGCAUGAAGAGCACAGCCCCAAGGCUGGUACAAAGUGACAGAAUCUACUCGAUCACUUAGGUAAUGUACAGAGCAAGGAAGCAUUGGACUUUGGACUUCACCGUGUGCAAGGAACGUCAAGUCUAUUAUACGAUCCCCCUUUUGUUCUUCUUUCACUUCCUCUAGGUAUUUUUCAAUCUCGUGUCUUAAGAAUGUGAAGGCGCGAGCCAUGGAGUACACAUAAUCUCGACGAUCCACAACAAUGUCGUCAAAUACUUGGCACCAGGAGUCCCUAGUUUCACAUGCGGCUAUGCAUUGUAACACCUUAGCAGAUUCUUGGUCGCUAACUCUGCCUUCACGAGAAAUCCUUUCCAGAAAGUUCUGCAGCUCGCUCUUAAGGCUUCUCUCCCAGUUGUCUCCCAGUGACCUAAAAUAUUCCAUCAAACAAGUUUAAGGAGGAGCACCUUUGAAGUCAUCCAGGGGUAGAUUUUAGUAUUUCACUCAGACUGAGAACACUUUAAGUUUAUCUGUAUUAAUUGAACACAUUUUAAAAAGCAAUCGCUUGGAGCUGUCCCCAUGAACAUUUAACAGAUAUUUUCAGUUUCAAUGAAACGAUUGGUAGUGGUAACAGCACGAUUUGUAGUGAUAUUUGGCAUAAAUACCACGACUGAUAUUUCGAAAUUGUUAUACGUAAUUUCACGAGCCGUUAGGCGACUCGGAGUGAAAUUUGCGACACUUUUGAAAUAUCACGAGUGGUAUUUAUGCCAAAUAUCACGUACAAAUCAUGCUAUUAUUUGUUUAUACUACUACCCGCAAACGGUUUUGUAAUUUUCACAGGUAGGUAUUUCAAAUUAAGCUGAAAUACCACUGCUCUAAGCCAAUCAAAUUGCAGAAAAUUCUCAUGUAGUAGUAUAAUGAGCUUAAAUUACAUUUCCAAAGCCAUUCGUGUCCAAUGUAAUACACACGGGUUCAAUACACACAUGUUCAAUAGCCAGUGAAGUCAUUACGUUGCUAGGAAAAUUUCGACGUCAAUAAUUAUUACACAAAUGAUAAUAAUUUUCAUCUUUACCUAAUACAGCUGUGGCGACCGUUAAGACCGCUGCGAUCUCUUUGUUACCGACGACAUAGUUAAUGAUCAAACCUGAGACAAGGGCACCCAUGCAACGACGAUUUCCUCCUAAAUACGUUGAAAAACUUCUCAGGCUAUCCAGAGUACGUAGUUCUAGAUUUCUAGAAUUAGAAAUACAUUCUAAGUGGCGCUAUAAAAUUUGUAUCUGUUCAGUCAUCCCAGGGGACUUUGUGUCUUUUCGAAAUUUCCAAGGCUUCAUUAUCAUUUUCCCGGAAAUUUUAGAUGCUAUUUAUCGCUUUACGAAAGUGAUAAUUUUUCUGUUGAAAUGUGAAAGAAGCUUCAGAAAAUCGUAGGGAAUUUAUUAGAUAAGUUUCGAAAAUUGUACAUGAAUGGAACGGUCAUCUAGAAGCAAGCAAUAGGAAAUUCUAGGCAAUCUCCGAACAGAUAUUUUACAUAAAUAGUCGUUGGGUGCCCCUGCUGAGAGGUUCAUAGUUUCUAAAAAAUGGGGGCCAGCCACCUUAACAAUUUUUACCUGAAUCGAAAAUAAACGUUGAACGUUGUUAUCCAUGAAGGGUCCAAAAUGACCUUUCUCAAGACAACCAGAGCCCUUGAAUUUUUGGACGAGGUCCUUAAACUGAUAAGGUCUUCUGUAUCUUUAUGGGCUUUGUUUGGCAGGCUAAGACCACGCGCAGGGAUGUUUUCCCCACACACAGAAUCCAACAUCUCUUGCAAAGUCGAAGCGUCCUUGCAAAAUAAAAUGCCAUUACUAAAGUUCAGUUGUAAGCUUCGGUUUCUCUGCGUUAGAAAUAAAACUAACAAGGAACAACUUAUAUUAGUAUACAUGGUAUCUACCAUCCAUUUACUUUAAAUGCAAACUAGCCAUCGAGCCAGUUUGACACUUUAAAAUGUGGACGUUUGAGUAAAGAAGAUGAACUGGCACGGAUAUGGGAAACAUCAACAGAAAUUGUUACGAGAGAUCUGGAAACAAGCAUAAAUUAUUUUUACUUAUUAUUCAUUCAGAAUAUUUCACCGUUUCUAAUUGGCCUUAAUUCACCGGCUAAUCCUUCAUAACUGGCGCUGACGAUGAUAUAUUUCCAAUACAGAAUCAUUGACGUCACGCAAAUCAAAGGCUAGGCAGGCCUAGCUGUUUUGGUAUUAGUGCAAACCUCGAGGAAAUGGACGGUAAAAUAAUCUCGUUUAGUUUACACACUGUGGUGAACUUUGCUCGCGCUGUGAUUGGUCGUUGCCCAUGAUCGAUGAGAACAGAUAAAAGAUACACGGAUGACGUCACGGGAAACUCGUUUUUCCAACAUGGCGCGUGGGUUUGAAAAUGUUUGCGAGAUCACUUCAAAAAGUUUAGAAGGAGCUGUUUAUAUAGAGGAUAUUACAUGGUGGCGCGAAGAUAUGAAUUUUAUUUUCGAGUGGCAAAACAAUAUUUUACGAACGAGCGCAGCGAGUGAGUAAAAUAUUGUUUUUGCCACGAGAAAAUAAAAUUCAUAUCUUCAAGCUGCCGUGUAAUGUUCUUUUGAUUAUAAAGACAAAAAGACAUCAAUAAAAUAAUAGAUUUUUAUCCGCCAAAAAGUAAUUUUCACGGCUCAAAUUUACAGUACAGCGAUAUAAGACACUGUUUACAAUAAUCUUGAGAAAUAACACUGAGCUGAAUAGGGCUCAACAAUGAUAAAAUAUAAGCAAAGCUUUGAAAAAUGUAUAAUUAAAAUUCAAACGACGCAAGACUCCAACAAAUUUUGGAGGAAAAUUACCGAAAUUACGUCAUCGAUAAACUCACGUGUGAGAUUAUGGAAAAUAAACCACUCGGGUCCCGGAUGUAGUUUUUAUGAAUUUUACGAGUGGUAUAUUUUCCAGUAAAACACUCGUGUCGAUAUAAUAAAAAGUAAGAAAAACGGAGAAACGGGGACAAAAAGUCAUAGUUCAUGUUGUAUUGAAAUGGCCUGAACUGGAAGGAAUCUUCUCAACAGUUACCAUUGGCUGUCAUCGCUACGAGACACUCGCGGUUUUAAAAAUGAAGAUCAGUACCACUUCUUUGUCCUUAAUACAUUUUGACGUCAAAGGUUGUUUAUUACUAAACAAACGCACGGCUACAUCGAAUCUGGUCGUUAGAUAAUUCCUGAGGUGAUUAUAGAGUUGAGCGCGCACUGGUUGGUCUAAAUUUGUGUCACUUGUCGCUAUUAUUAAGUAUUCUAAAUGAUUUUAAAUGAAAAGGAAAUUCAGUUUUCUCGGCUGGCAAUUUACUUUAUUCAUUUGCCUCGUCAGGCAAGUAAAUGGUCAACAGAUUGGAAAACCAGUGAACUACGUUGGAAAGGUUAUCUACAGAAAACGAUUCUGCAUCAGGAAUAAGUCGACGUCGGGGGGCACCUUAAGGAAAAAAUUAGGGCCAUUUAUACGAGGAAAAAUAAGACGUAAACUGUACCAUUGAUACGAGCAUGUCUUAACUAAGACGAAAAAAGCGGUAUAUAAAAUGGUUCGCGUCUCAUUUCUGUCCUGGACUCAAUUUCAUGUGAAUGUUGCCCGUAGCAAAUUUUCAAACUCUCUUGAUAUUUUGCCGAAAGCCUUUCUCUUUUAAACACCUCCUAAUCCAUUAAACGCCCCCGCUUGGACCCCUAAAAUUGAAUAGACGCCAAGGGCGUUUAUUAGGUCAGUUACGGUAUACGAAGUUCUUCUCGUCUUGGUUCGUCUUAGCUAAGACGCGUUGAAAUAUGUCAUUUACACCGGAAAAUUGUUUGCGUCAUAUUUAAGACAAGUCUUAUGUCAAACGUAUAAAUGGCCCUUUUAUUGUCCUCUCGUGACAAGAUUUCACCGACUGUGUCCGUACUCCACAACUGAACUGGCUGGUACUGAUUGAACAACAGCGCUUUCCCUCGAUUUCUUAUUAAAACGUUCUCUACCCUCAUAAAUACUUUCUGAAAUACUUAACUUACACCGACAUUACAAAUCAUUUCAAGCCCAACCAAUCAGAUUCCUGGGCCAUUGUCUUCAGCGCCCCCAGGGGGACCUUAUUUCUAAAUACGCUCUGUACCACCCGACACAUGCUAAACCAAGACCUGAUGGACAGAAAAUUCUAUUCCACGAAUAUGCUGCAAAGCUAAUCAAUCCAGAAUAUUCCCAUUCCUUACAAAAUUCGUACUUUGGCACAGGACCGCAAAGCCUGGAGGCGCAUGGAAGUCGACUGUUGGCACCAUUGGGAACCCCCAUGUGCGCCUCAGCCGAGCAGAGCGAAAAAUGAAUAACUUAGCGUUACAGUAAAGAUUUUCCCGUCGCCUCGCGUCCGACUACCACCCCAUCCAUCAACACAACGAAUAUCAAAGCACGAGGUCGCAGAUUCAAGUCUACGAGUGCUAAGAAACUACAUAAAUCGUCCUAAGCUCGCCUUCUAGAAAGGAAAUUGAAAUGAGAUUGAGAUUGAGACCAUUUCCUGUCCUUUCUCAGUAGAGCGUGUGUUCAGAAGAAAUUAUAGUUUCUUAGCACUCAAAAAAUCACAAUUUUUCUUUUUUUUUUUUACUCUGCUUCAUGCGAAGGCUCCGCAGCUUACCCACAAUAAACGAAACAAAUUCAAGAAUACGCAAAAAUAUAGAUUGCUCGAUGGAUGUCAUCUGCUUUUUGAGGAGUGCAGUAGUAUAAGCAAGUAAGAACCUGCGUUUUUUGACCUAAACAGGUUCUUACAUAAAUGGUAAUUAGCACAAAUUCAGGCUAUUUAAGUUCUUAAAUACGUUCUUAUUUUCUGAAGGAAAAAAUGCAAUUGUAGCUAAGAUAUCAGUGGUAUUUUGCUUGUUCCUUAUAAACAAUCUGCAUACCAAAACAUGGCAGUUGGAGUUAUUGCUCCCGCAGGGAUUUCGCCCAGAAGGCGAAAUCCCGAGGAGACACUCUAGUAACUCGCGCGUAUAUUAAGGAAAGGACUUACAGUUGAAAUAUACAGUCAUACAGUCAAUAUAGAGCGUUUUCACAUGACGUCACGGCGGCCAUAUUGCUGUUCCAAAACAAUGAAACGGCGGCCAUGUUGGUGUAGCCAGAAAAUCCUCGGGGAGUUGAACUCUUUUCUCAUGUAAAUGUUUUCUUUUGUUCCAAUAAAUUAGCAUAGAUGCUGGCCACGUGAGUGAAAACGCUGUAUAGAAAAAAUCUCGAUUCGCUUGAACAGGGGCUGCGAGGAAUCGGUAGGUAAUGAUGACUUUUCCAUUGUUUGCGCCCGCAAGUACGAAAUGGUUAGGAUGACGUAAAGACAGAACAUCCCCAAUGGACAGCUUAGGUAGAUUUUGUGACAUUUAUUGUGCAGUCAUACUUCGACACUCUUUUGCGUUACGUGUUAUCAGUGACAUUCUGUGGAGCAGUUGUUUCAGUGAAAGCUAUGGACCAAACUUUUAACGACACUCUUUAAGCGCAGAAGAAGUUAUAAGGUGCGUAUAACUGUGUAUAUAUAAACACUUGGAAAGUUUGCCAGACACGAGUUCUCAAAUCUUUCAAUGCAAACCUUGCCAGACACUCUUUCUCUCUCUUUGACCGGAAUAAGACUCAGCAAGACGAGUGAUCAACGGCUGGCUUCUCACUAGCAGAACGAUGGACGAUUACAGAAAUUCUCCGACAAUCAAAUUCUGUGCUGACUUAUUCCCUGCUCACAGAUGUCCUUCCGCUAUAACGUUUAAAAUAAGACUAGAAUGCGCGAGCGUGAAUCAGAUCAGAUUGAUCAAACGUCCUUUUCAUUUCUAAGGCUUACUUUCCGGCAAAUAAAAUGAGCUGAAUGUGAAAAGUGAAAGAGAAACAGUGAAAAAUUGAACUUUUAAUUAAAUCUUUUCUUAUGGUUUAGAAUAAACUAUUCUCGAAACUGAGAAUGUUUUGACCAAAGCUGUGUAAAUCAGUCGACCUGAAACUGUGCAUGGAACCUUGCGUUUCCUGUAUUUAUCUCACCUAUUGUAUGGAAUAUAUGUGAAAAUCUUCCUUAUGAAUCGGUAUCUUUUAAAGAGCUACACAACGAGCAAGAAUGCUAUUGACCGACAAUAUACAGAGCCGGGGCAGCUGUAGUGUCAACUAUUACUAGUAUAUAUAAGGCACCUUCUCCAAAGAGGAUUCUGAAUGUUGACUUAUCAGUUCUUAGUAGAGAGUUUAAGCUCCACGUAUACGGCGAGCGGCAAACGCCCGAUUCAAGUUGAGAAUUUCUCAAAAUAGAAAAUGAGCAGAUAGAAACGGUUCAAAACAAUUCGUACGGAUAAAAAGUUGCUCGAAACUACUAAGUUAUGUGUAGAAAUAGGGAGUUUAAGAUACUACGAAGGCGACGGCGGCAAAACGUCGCUUAAAAAGUAACUUCGCGAUCUAUGAAACUUUAGCGCGAUUAUCCCAACUCGGUCACUAUGUUUUAUGUAGGCGAACUCUCCUAGAGUUGAAUUCUUUAGAAAAAUAUCCAAGUUUAAGAAGAGUAAGAGAGAUUCGUCGUCGUUUGUUGAAGUUGUCGAUAAAACGUGAAAUUAGGCAAUUCACGUCGUACCCUCGUGCAGUAACGGCAAAGAAAUGUACAAAAAAGCGUGAUGUCUGUGCAGAGUUGUUGUUUUGCUAAUCUUAACCAAUUUCUUUUUGACGUUCUCGUUGCCGUCGCCGUAGUGGCAUCUUAAACUCCCUAAUAAUGAACAGUAAACGAAAAGUAAAGGGGAAAACUUGGUCACGUGACACAAAAAAAAUCGCGUUUGCCGUUUGACGUAAACGUGAGGCUUAACCUUUCUAUUUACUUAAGUGUACGUGUACAGACGUUCUUUUAAUAGACUUUAGAAAAUAAGACUCUGUUUCAAAAUUUUAGGCUAAACAGGUUCUCGCAAAACACCUGUUCGUAUUCUGAAACAGUGCCCAGAAACAGGCUGUUUCGAAGAAAGUCUACGAGGAGGUAGGGAAAUUGUAAAUCAUUCAUCGGCGCAUAUACAUCCAGUAAUAAGAAAUUUAAGCGUUGAAAAUUGCACACAAAUUUCUAGGCUAACAGCAAACUGAGCUUUCUUUUCGUCAAAGCUAAACUUCUUCAGUGCGUGAGAUCACUGCCCAAGUGCACUGAUCUCAGGAGAUUGUUCCAGAGUAAUAAUGAUAUGAAGUAUUAUGCAGAUGUGGGAGGCUGUUAGUAUUAUCACCGAAGCCGAUAACAUUCUCUCCGAUUUGCAUAAUUCUUCACAUCAAGCGAAAGCCGAAUUCUAUGAUUUUUUAAAUAUUUAUUCAAAAUAUUGGUAAGUGCAUGUACCAUCGAUUGUUUUGUUGUUAAUUAACGUACAAAAACACCCUGCUUUCUAGCGGUUAGUUUAUUUUGACUUUUUCAGUUGGAAAUUAAAUUUCGAAAUUCUUGAUCAUUAAGCCCCGCGAAAAUAAGUAACAGUAAGGUAGUUCUUACCAACAUUUGUCGUGUAGUCUCUCCUUGGUCUCCUUCAAACUGUUUAACAAUAAAAGGUAUCCAUUCCCUUAAACCGGAACAUCCCUCCAUCGUGGCAGCCUUUGACCAAAAUAAAAUAAUAAUAAUAAUAAUAAUAACAAUAAUAAUAAUAAUAAGAAGAAGAAGAAGAAGAAGAAAAAGAAGAAGAAUUUUAUUCAACUUUAAAAAUAUGUACAUAAUUUACAGAAGUAUUCGAACUAAGCAUUAAGCACUACAUAACAUUAAGAAUUAUAUAAAUCAUAAAAAAUACAAUCACUGUGUCAAUAACGAUUUCCUAAAUACAUUCCUUGUGGAUCAAUAACUCUUGCAGGCGGUCCAGAGUUUUAACUUAAGUCAAUACAAAGGAGAAUCCGUCUCUGAUAUUAAAAAGAAACAAGACGCUACGGAGCGUACACUUCGGCGUCGUGGUUGUGAAACUGAUUAAUUGUAAAUGCGGAGGAAAUAGUAAGAAAUGAAAUAUGGUAAGAGUAAGGUGUAAAUUUGUGAAAUUAUGCAAUUUUCCAGGAUAUUCUGAAAAGAGCAACGUCCAAGAGGCCUACUCGCCAAAAACUAGCAUUUCGGGGCAAAUUGUCUCUGAGAUAUUAGCCCCUCUGAUGACUCCAUACAAAUCCUUUCUCAUUUGACUUGCUUCUAAACGUUUAGACCUAAGUCAAAUAUGAGGUUACUGGCGGUGAAUAACAAGUCUAACAAAAGAAACAGUGAAAAUGAAUUUUCUAUUUUUCUUGCAUCAGGCUUCAAAAACAGCACAGCAGUCUCAUGUACUGAUUAAAGAUAUGUAAGGCAUGGGUAAGGAGUCAAUUACGUUGAGCAUGCAAUUGGCUAAAACAGAUCAAUGUUACGAGUUCGAAUGUUUUGAGGAUAAUUAUUCACUGACGAUCAGCACGCAGGGAUGUCGGAUUAACACAAGGAAGUUUAAUGCCAAAGGAACAUAGUCUUUACGGAGCUUUAAAACACAGCAUCCGACAAAACAAACUUGACUUGAACUUAACAGCCUCUGCCAAUAAUAACAAACUCUCACUUGAACUUCAGAUAUCUUACCAUGGGCUUCGCCAACUUGUAAACACAGAAUCUGAAAAUCGAACUUCGUCACACUUGACUAAACACAGCACUCCAGACUCGUGGGAAAACACUUAGCUCGUCAAAAGAACUCGCUUGGAACUUGUAUACCGUUUGACAUAAGGUUCUAGAAUAUACUAAACAGGCGAAUAGCAGUAGCUUUUAGACAUAAUAUUUUAUGAUUUCAGUAACUCAUGCAAAUCUGCUGACUCAUGCUGAAAUGUAAAAAUGCCCUAAUUAAUAAUUCAUGAAUAAUCCAAAAACGUAGAGAACGUUCGAGAAAGUCACGCAACGCAUGAAAGCAAUUUUACUAAGUAACACUCAACAAGGACAAAACGUCUUUGUGCAGCAUUUUGUAACUUUAAAUUCAUCAUAAAACAGUUCGAAAGGAGCGCUCACUCGUGAAAUGUUUUUCAACACUCGAAGAGAAAUUUCGUGUCUCUGCGCGGCCAUGUAAUAUCCUCUAUUUAUUCCUCGAGUAAAUUAAAGACUAAACUCGAAGUGAUCUCAAGAUAUCACGAAGUAGUCCGGUCUCAUUUCGUGAAAUAGCCGAAACAAGCCGAAAAGUCACGAACUUGCGCGCCCAAUCUUGUCCCGAAACUAGAGCAUAAUUUCAUAGCUAUUUUUCAUGUCACGAACUACCUUUUCAAGUUCUGUGUUUACAAGUUGGCGGAAGCGGUAAGAUAUCUGAAGUUCAAGUGAGAGUUUGUUAUUAUUGGCAGAGGCUGUUUAGUUUUACUUAAGUUCGUGUCAAGUUUGUGUUGGCGGAUGCUGUGUUUUAAAGUUCUGUAAAGAGCGCAAUCGGCUAAUCCCUCAACUUAGAGUCUCCCCUGAUCUGACGGGUGACACAGGUGAGUCGGUUCAAACCCCGGGAAAGCCCAAAUAAUAAUUCUUUCUUCCUCGAAUAAGUUAAGGAAUAAAUCAAAGAAAUCGAAGUGAUCUCGAGAUAUCUCGAACUAAUUCGGCUCUCACUUCGUCAAAUAGCCAAACAAACCGAAAACCUACAGACCUUGCGUGUCCAAUCUUGUCCCAAAUUUGUCAACUUUGAUACAUUCCUGAGCGUCGCGAAUCCUUUACUUCGCGCUCCGCCGAAGUAACAAGUUAAAAAGAAUAAAAACUCGUAUUCCUAAAUUCCUAACUCUAAUUCACGCAGGCUCUAAAAUUUAGAGAUCUGUAUGGUAGAUCUAAGUCGGCGAAGUCUAGCAGUCGUCUUCUGGAUCUUGAGCCUGCCAAGCAUAGUAUCGCAGAGCGUACGAUGGCGAAAGAUACUUUAGCUCUUAUCCAGGAAAUUGCGCUUGAGUAACUUUCUCCCUUCUUAUUUGCGAUCAUCUCCGGAAGUCUGCUGUGGUACUUAACACACUCAUCCGCCAUUCCACCUGUGGUCGUGAAAACUAGGGGAGUGUACCUUCCCUGUUCGAUCUCCAUUACUCUUUCUGCAUGCUAAAGGAUGUCAUUCCAGUGGUUCUGUUGGUGAAUAUGCAUCUCAUUAAGGGGACUUAGAUCAUUUUUCCAUGUGACCUGGCUGGGUACAGGGCAAUUCCGAUGGUCCAUCGGUACCAAUGGUAGGAUUGGUACCAAUAGAAAAUGAUGUCAUUCCAAUGGUUCUAUCGGUGAAUAUGCACCAUUGGAAUGACAUUCUUUUCUAAGAAAAUAAUCUAAGUCCCCUUAAUGAAAUGCAUAUUCACCAACAGAACCAUUGGAAUGACAUCAUUUUCUAUUGGUACCAAUCCCACCAUUGUUACCAAUCGACCAUCGGAAUUGCCCAGUACCCAGCCAGGCCACAUGAGAAAAUAAUCUAAGUCCCCUUAAUGAAAUGCAUAUUCACCAACAGAACCAUUGGAAUGACAUCAUUUUCUAUUGGUACCACUCCUACCAUUGGUACGAAUGGACAUCCUUCUUAUCACCACUAACACCAAUGGAGUCUAUUUGUGAGUAUUGGACAACCCUAAACAGGCAUCAGGGGCUUUGUUAGCGCCAUGAUUUAAUAUCUCCCCAGUGACCUCCUGAAGGACCGGCUCUACUUCCACAUCAUUACAGACCAUCCUUAGCACCUCUGCUUCCAAGUCGCGCAGUUCGUUAUGGCGCUGGAUAAUGAAUCCGCCGCGCUGACAUACCAUUGCGUGAUCUACGCUAAAUUGAACACCUGAUGUGCAGAUCAUGGGCGUGUCCGUUAUUUCCCAGUCGUACCGUAACUUGAUUGCAUCUCUAAAUUCCUUCUUAUUCAGAUUGUAAUCCAGCUCUUUGAGGCGAAUCAAGGUCAGCCAAUUUGAUGAUCCCUUCUCUGUAGCUUACUCAACAGUUCGCUUAGCUUUUGUCGGCAGGGAGUUCUUCACCUGCUCCAGCCUCUCACUUAGACAGUCGUCUUUUCGUUUUCGUUUGCUCAGUUGCAGUGUUCGAAUUUCGGAGGCAUCUGGAUGGUGGUGCUCUUGCUCAACAAUUCGCCUCACGAGCGAAUUAGUAACUUUUAUUGAAGCCUCGUAUUCAGAAGAUGAGGUCACUACGGGAUCUGUAAAUCCAAGGCCUCCCAUGCGCACAGGGAGAGCAAGGAGGUCGCGCUCUACUUUAGUGACUGUAUGGUCAGUGACAGCUGGUAUGAGAACCUCAUUAACUCGCGCGCUCGAGUGGCUCAAGUAAUUCUGAAAUAUCCGGUAAUGUUCUUAGGAAAUAUGUCCAACGGUGCCGCAGACCAAAAGUGAAGGCUGCAUAGCUGGCUUGAGGCAGUGAUAUGGCGAAAUCUGCGAGUUUAGUAACUUCAUUGACCCAUUCGUCUACAUUCUCCCCAACAUAUUCUUCAAGGAACAAUCUAGAUCCUAGAGCCACGCCUAAGUGCUCGUGGCCCUCUAUGGCGACGUUAAUAGCAGUGUCUCUAAACACCUCCCUGGCAGCCUGUUCUCGUUCCGGUUUGAUGGUCAACCAACAUUUCUUGGUAUUAGGGAAGUAACCAAAAGGAGAGACCAUCCCACCAUUUCCUGACGUCUUGCAGGGAACCACUUCUGGUUGCGUCAUCAGCAAACCAACACUGUUUUACUGCGCUUGAAUGGUGCAGUCGCGUUAUAAGUGGUUGAAAACUUAUGGCGUAUAGACUCCUGAACAGAGGGUCACCCUGUGUGGUGCCCUCUGCUGGUAUUAGCUCUUCACCGCCUGGGGCUGACCCAAUACGGGAAUGUAAAAAUACAGUGUUUGCAUCGGAGUUGAGAAAAACGGCGUUUUGUGAAGUUAAGGUGGCCAUAAGUGGAGCUUUCUGCUUACGAGAGUGUCCGUUACAUAGACCAUAAUGCACCUCGUUUACACGCCAAAAUUUUGAAUAACCUUUGUUUUUUAUUUCUCCUGGGUAUUACAGUCGUCCCAAGAGAAAUCAAAGACAAUGGUUAUGCAAAAUUUUGAGGGCAAACAAGGCGCAUUAUGGUCUAUGUGAAAAUAGUGAAUUAUACAUUUUUUACGCAAAUGUAAUGUGCGUUUGAACACGUCAUAGAAAACAAACAAUUUGUGAUAAAGUGAUAAAAAGGUCACCGUGGAUACUUUGAGGGGUGUCUCAAAUGCAAGUGGUGUGGCGCGUUUCGGUUAAACUGCAAGUGUCGGGGUUUUGCUAUUUUCAGUUGCAAUAAAAAGUUACAGAACAAUUUGGACAUUCAGCCAAAACAACAGUUGGAUGCUCGUACAUUGGGAGGAGCGCUGCUUGAUGACACACAGAACGGCUGUGUGGGAGUCUACUACAACACUGACCCUAAGCCGGAAACCUCAAAUUACCGGGUCCUCAGACCAUUUCGACGACCGGUCAAAAGAAACCCUCUUUGGCCUGGUCAGCACAUGAGAAGCUCGAUUUGGGUGCAAACGCAGGGUAGGACGCCUCAUUCAGGGAAUAAUAUGUAUGGAGAUUAAGUCUAGAGUCAGGACUUGUGAUAGUGCUGCAUGGAACUCCAUUUCCACAAUAAAACAUGGAAUAUCUCUGGCAUUGCCACUGAUGAAGCUCCCAAAGCUUCUCUCGCGGUUCUCGUUUUUAAGACGAACUCCUUUGCAGCAUCAGCUUAUACAGACAAUGUGUAGUUACAGAAAAAUAUCCAUUCACACUCCCCACCCCCCCCCCACCCCAACAGAGAGCAACGGAAAUUCAGAGGGAAGGGGGGGCCAAACGGAGGCAAUUCCGAGGGGGUAGGGAGGUGGCUUCUCGGGGUCUUUGUUCCGGGUCUCCGUGUAAGAUUGGUGAGUUACUAACAGCUGUUCUGUUUAUAGUCUCCUGGCUACCACUUAUUCUACUGUUAAUCAGUGUUUCACAGCAAAGUUAUUGUUUUCAUCUAUGAUCUUUUAUUUGCGGUCGGCUGAGUGCUUUUUUCACGACUUGCACAGAUAGUUCAUGAAAUACGAUUGUCAUCGGCUCAUGAAUAAACGUACGGUCAUCUAUCUGUUGCCUUGGUACACAAUCGAUACACUACUUAUUUAUUAACCUCGUCUGUUCGGUUAUUACAGAGAAAUCUCAGACCGAGGCCCUAGCCUUGAUGUAUUCACCGACGAUAGCGAGGUAAAAUACAUCAAGGCCGAGGUCUGAAAUUUCCCUGUAAUGUCCGAACGGACAAGGUUAACAAGUUACGGCACAUGACAAAAGGGCCCGCCGCUUAUUCUUGGUCAGCGGCACUCUUUUAACUGUAUAGCGAGAUUUUUCCCGAAUCUGUCGACAUUCUUGGAAUGCCGUGUUGUACCGACUACUAUGCAUGGUAUGUGACCGUGAGGGCCCUGGUGUUGAGUGUAAGGUUCGUCCUGAUGUCACGGAAAUCACGUGAAUGCACAUUCAAGUGAUGCAACAAUCAUUUAACAAUCACAGUGAAUAAAAUUUGUACUGAUUCUGCUCGUAGCCAAUCAGGAGUACGAAGGACAAAAUUUCACCGUGAAAAACUAUCGUUCGUCCAUACAGCAACGCGGAAGACGAAAUUUCACUGAUUAUGAAUGAACGUAAUGACGAGAACGUCAUCCGAGAGCCGUUGCAUAAACACCCGCGCGCUUUCAAAAAAGGCCGAGGGAAGGUUUACUUCUGUUUGCUAGGUUGAAUCAUUUAUUUUGGAACACGAAAACAAAAUUCUGCUCAAAAAACUGAAGGAGGUGUAAGAUUGCUUGAAAGAUUUUUGAAAAUGAAGGACGAAGACUGGAAAAUUGAAGAUAUUCCAGCAGCUGAGCUGAAUGAAUACAUCAGCGAAUUUAUCAUCUCUGUCCGCACUAACUUGAUAGCAACGAGUACAAGCCGACUCCGCUUCGAAGUUUAAUGACCACAUUCGAACGACAGUUGAAGAAAAAGGGCUAUUCUGCCAGCAUAAUCAACGACUUGGUCUUCGAGAAAUCCAAGCGAAAAAAGCUGAAGAAGCAAGGAAAAGGAAAUAAACCUAAAGCAUCGGUAGCUUUGACAAGCGAAGAGUUAAAAAUAUUGUACGAGAAGGGGUUGCUCGGUAUGUGUAGUCCUGAGGCACUUUUAAACAAGCUCUGGCUGUUUUUACAAGCUUUCAUUGACUACUUUUUACACUCUUGAUCGCCCCAUUUUUGCAAUUUGUCUACUAAGAAAUUACACGAAAAAAAUCUCAGUACCAUGGUCUAUUAUGAACCUGAGCCCACGAUCAGCUAAAACCAACAACUGGUCAACAAUAACUAAGAAGACCAGUAGGUACUUCAUAUAUGAUUCCUAUAGUGUACCGAGAUAUAGAUUCUUAUAGUGUACUUGGCCUACUUAACUUACUUGGGGUCUUUGAGUACUAUAAGAAUCUAUAUCUCGGUACACUAUAGGAACUGAAGUUUAGUACCUACCGAAAGACCUCUACAAGGCAAAAUUGAGAUUAUUAGAUACUGUAUUAACAUUAAUGAGAAGAUUAUUUCUCUCUUUAUCGCGAAAGCAAUUAUCUUUCACAUAAAAGUAUAGCACAUGUACAUUUUUGACGGGAAUUUUGUUUCCUGGGGAAAAUUGGGGAAAUUCCGGGGGGGUAUGGAUAUUCUUUGGAACUACACAAUGUCUGUUCUCUGCUUAAUGGCCAUUCAAAACACCUAGUAUUUGAUUUACGUACAGCAAGUCAUUUUUCAUUUUUUCUUCGUCUUUUCUGUCUUUCUUUCUUCCUGUUUUUUUUUUUUUUGGGGGAAGGUGGAGGAGUCAUCUCAAUUCAUACGGGAUACAAGGAGGGACCACCCAAAAAAAAUUCUAAUAAGGAGGGGGUCAUCAUAUGCUACAGGAGCUACUCGUCAAUUCCCACUAGCCCUCUGAGACAUAAAAUGUGAACGGUCCCUAAGUGACAAUAACCAGUGGCAGUAAACAGCUGGCAGAGAUCCAUUUCAGGGUUAGCCUGCGUAGCAAGCGUUUCUGUACGGUUUACGAGAAAAGACCGAGGAACGAGAGUCAAAGACCGCGAGAAAAGUGGCGGAAGUAAAAGAGCACUUUUUGGCUCUCGUUUCGUUUCUCGCGCGGUCAAAACUGAAAGUCCCCUUCCUCGGUAUUUCUUUGCUCCGAAACUAAACGGAAACGCUUGCUACGCAGGCUAUUUCAGGGUCAAAGAUCGGAACUAAUUCAUCUUGGAGGUGUUCCUUCGGGUAAAACGGAAUUCACUGUAACUGUCACUUGACUUCUGGUAAGAUGUAUCACACUGAGCUUCGCGGAACGUUUUUACUUUAUGUGCACUUUUAACAAGACCCUAGAAAUUGUUUCAAUUUAGCUUCUGUCAACUUUUGUUCAACGUUUGGUUCACCCAUCAUAACUGAAAUAUGUUUCGAAAGAGCGUGUUGAAACAAAUGUACUCUGCUUGUUUGAAUUUAAUUCAACAUUUAUUGCUUAGACAUGGGUUCAACUUUUGCCAAAUGAAUGUUGGGAAAAGGUUGAAACUGUUGAACGGAUAGGCAUUGAUCAUCCUGUCUCAAUCUCAGCGUAGCUCAGCGUGAUGUUGAAUUCAUAUAUACCCGGCAAUCGACCGCAACUUCUUUAGAAGUCGUGUUCUCCUCAAACAUUUAACUGGAUCAGAUAAAACCUAUGCGAUGAAGACGAAAGAUUGCAAAUUUCAAUUUAGCCUGUACACACACGUUGUUUUAUUUUUGUUUUCGUUCUUUUCGAAUUAUGCUGGCGGUCCGUGGAAAAUCCCCCGCGGUUAUUAUUUUUUAUCACGCGCCCUUGACGGACUUGGAAGAGAAAAUAGAGGGUCUGUGAACAGGCUAAUUUCAAUUUUUAGAUCAUUAUAUUUUUUUCAUUUGUUAAUUACUUUAAACAGGACCAGAUGAUUAUAGUCCAUAAAAUUCCCACUGUGAAAAUUAUGUUCAGUUACCUGAUGUAGGGUGCGAGUUAAAUCACUGGCCUUGCUGCUGACAUCGAAAUCAUGAAAUACAUUCAUCAAAUGCGGGAACUUUACUGUACAAAAUUAAAAUAAUAAUUGCUGGUAAAUAGAAUAAGUGUGCUUCAGUGAGAGAAUUAGAAAUCAGACAAGAAUUCAAAUAGCACAAGAAGUUCAACAAAGAAGACAAAGGCAUUAACUUUUUACUGAAUAUACUUAAAAGAGAAGAAACCUAGGGAGGAUGAUGAAUUGACGUUUGUUAAAAAAAUUUCCAAAAAACUUUAGGCUAUGUUCACUCUUACAACUGGAACAAGUCAUUUACACACUUUGAACAUCUUGCCAGAGUGGUUGGCCGAGAGACAGUGAACUGUGGAAACAACGGUAAUGAUUGCCGCUUUCACAUUGGGUGCACUCGAGUUCGGGGCCGACUACUUACAAACAGUGUUUAUAGAGUGAACGAGAGCCUCAAUUGCACAUCGGAGUGCUCACAAAAACCCACCACUACAUUUUGUAUAUCCAUGAGUUAAAAAUUAAUCAAUAAAUAAACCACUAUUAGAAAAACAUUUUAUUUUCGGUACAAUAGAGAAAUCGUGAGGUUGUCGCAAGUGUCGUUACUGUUUGCUGUUGUAUGUUCAAGGGCAAACCCGGGCCGGCAGAAGAGCUUUGAAGAUUCCAUCUUGUUUGUACUACAUGUACAUUUGUUGUCUGUGCAAGAGCCCCUUAGUGUGAUGCAUAUGUUCUUUGGUGCCCUAAGAAUGUCUGCAUACAUGUACGAGGCUAAGGACUAGUUAGCCCAUCUAGGACGAUACUUGUUACCACCACUACAUUUUGUAUAUCCAUGAGUACCAGUGCAAAAAAAAAAAAAGAGACAAAUAAAAAACACAGCAGCAAGUGUCUGCCUCAAUCUCUAUAUGCGCAAUAACUUGCAAGGAUGCCACAAUUUACUCUCAGAUUAAAAGGUAAGAUUUUACCUUUGAUGUCCCUUACAAGCUUGAUCACGAUCGGUGCUUCAUGACUAAUUAAUCGAUUGAAAGGAAAAGCUUCAGCCAAUGUCUUCAGCAAUAUCCAAAGGCCGUCUUUCACUGUAGCGGCUGAACUACAACCAUUUUCCAGUCUAUGAAGGUUCGAAAAAUACAUUUGUAGAAAAAAGUAAUGAAACAUGCUGGAGGGAAGUUUAGUUCUCUUGUGACUACACUUCCGCCCAUGAGCCCCCCCAGUUAUAGGCCCAUCAACUGUAAAUGAAAAACACGUCCAAUUAUAAGCCCCCCGCAUAUUAAAGCCCCAUUCUAAUUCUGUUCCAAUAAUUAUUGUAUUAGAAUCAGUUUGAUUUAUCAUGACGUUUUGAAGCUUUUCUUGAACACCGCUUAAUGCAAAAUGUAUUUUGAUCAGCACUACUACAAUUUAUUUCGAAGCGCUUUUUCUAUUCCGGUUAUAAGCCCCCCACCACCACCUUCCCCCGACUGUAAGCCCUAAAACCCCUUCCGAAGAUGUAAAAGCCCACAGCAGGAGCCCAUAACCCGGAGCGUGCAACUGCCAUAAAUUUCGUGUAACGGCGUUUUCACAAGUAAGUUUAUUUUUAGAUAAGCUUUUCCCGCGAAAAAUGACUGUUGUCGCUUGGACCUUUUCACAGUCGGCUGUUUCGGAGAUGAUUUCGAUUUCCCUUACCGUGAAUUAUGAGUUGUCACCGAUGAAGUAGACGUCCCGGGCUCCUCUACGUUUUGCAGAUCUUCCUCUGAACUGCUAGUUUCCGUGUAAAUACUGAAAUUGUCGCUUGAAGCACUGUCAGAAGAAUCCUCUGAAGAUUCCUCACGUGCGUCCGCCAUGCUUUUUUUUUCAGUGUGAAGGAGUUGUCCUGGUUACGUAUUAAAAGUUUAUAAUUGAUGACGCACUUGCUUGUUAUUGGCUUUUCGAUAGCAAUUCGCGGGAAAGGCUUAUCUAAAAAUAAACCUACUUGUCAAAACGCCGUUGCAUAGGCGCAGUAUGGAAGUUAGACGCUCCGGGUUAUGGGCUCCUGCCCACAGCUUAUGAGCAGCAGUUUACGGUAUUUCAGUUAACACUGCUAAAGUAACUACUUGGGGAAAGUCCUUAGUCCUCCUACACUUUUUGCAUUUUAUUUCCUGGCUGUCUACACUGCAUGAUAUUGAUGGUCUUGGUAUAUAUCUCAAUAAAGUACAAAGAACUGUCCAUAAAUUAAUUUUUUUGCCUAAUUGGGACAUGUUUUCACAGGAAGAAUUGUGUCAGGAUGUCACAUUAUGGGGGCUGCUACUGAAUCUUGGCUUCGGCAUUUUACUAAGGGCAUUUUCUUAUGUUCAUGGGUUUAAUAAGGCAGAAACACACACGAAAAUGUGCAGGAAAAACAGUUACAGUGUAAGUUCCCUUUAUAUUACAGCUGGGUUUGUUUGGCCUUGCCCCCUUUUUAGCCCAAAGACUGGCCCCUCGGUGUUUACUUUAUCUGAAGAAAAAUAUGAAUGACAAAUGCCUCGCCGAUGUUUAGACGGGUUGUGGGGCAUUACUUGGCGGAAAUAAAUUAUACACACUAUUCUUCUAAUUAUCUAUGGGCUCUUUUAAAGGGUUCCUACCGACAAGAUCCUUUCUCACACUCCUUUUCUCAAACCACCCUCACACUCGCAUCUCCUUCUCGCUCCAUUUUUCGCGCGGUCUUUGACUCUCGUUCCUCGUUCUUUGUUCCGAAACCCACGGAAACGCUUGCUACGCAAGCUACUUACAGGAGCCACUGAUGGGCUUCUGUCAAUUACAAGGGGUGGAUCUCGGAUUCCUUUUUUCUUGAAGGAGAUUAAGGUAUGUAUUGUUCCUUUUCUGUGGCCAAAACGUAGUAUUCGAGGCACGAGAGAGGCUCUGUUCACUGGCUAAUAAACACAUCCACUAUCUAACAUACAUUGAUCUGACAAGAAGUCUGAAAGAAGUCUUUGAUUGAUCUGUUUCUAAGAAACACGCAAGGAAGCUUGAGCUUAGUCAGUACACUAUUGAAAGAUCAUGAUGCAAACAUCAUGCAUCAAACCCAUGCAUCAAACCUAGCGAAUUAAUACGAUUUUCAACUUUCUUUCUACAUUUUUUCUUUUUAAAUGGUCACUCCCGCAUUGUCAUUCUAAAAAAUUGUAAAAUAAAGCACUCUAUUUGAAAAAAAAAUUUUUUUGAAGAUUAAAAGUUUGAGAAAUACCCAGUUUUUCAAAAUGCUCAAAUGCAGUCUCAGGCAACCUAUUAAAUUCUCCCCACCCCAGAGACUUGCGCCUUUGGCAUCGUUCGGUCCGUCUCCUCGUUGGAUAGCACCUCCCCGUAAAAAAUCUUGGCUACGGGCUUGAAAUGGAGGGCUGGCUCGCUAGCUAAUGCUGAGAUUUCAAUAACAAGAACUGCCUGCCACACGAACAGAGGGUUUUCUACAUGUAGUUCUGUCAUAGCGGUUUUUGGUAUGCUCUUUAUACACCUGAUGAUGAUGUGAGCUACACUGAAACAUACCUUGUACCUUUGUGUUUGCAAAUUAAUUUGUAAGAGAGUUGUCAUUUCCUUGAUGGAGGGUUUCAACAAGGCAACUACUGGGAUUGGAUAUACUAUGAGCCAGCAAGAAUGCGACGUUUAGAAAUUAGCCAAAAAGAUAUACACCAGAGAUUCCAAAGAAUUUCUACCGGGACUCCUUUGGAAUGCUGCCUAGGGCCCGGAAAUGAAAUUGAAGGUAUUGGUGGCAAUCUUGUAAAACGCGGGGGAGGGGGGCGAUUUUUGGUGGGAAUGUACCACUGGCACCCCAGAACUCUUAGCCUAUACCAGACCUUGUUUAGGUAAAUUUUGCAUCUUUGAGCAAACUCUCCUGGGUCACGUAGGGAAAGCAUUAAUUUACUUAUGACUAAAAAUCAAAAUACAGGUUUCAUAGUGUUGAGUCACAAUACCUUGCAAUGCACCCAUUAAUUGGAUUACGUGUCCCAGCUGUACAUAGACAGAUCUCCUCUUGAUUUCUUAAUAGCUUCUCAACCAAGUCAUUCAUUCCUGACCACACUUCCUCAAAAACGGGAGCUAUGCAACUCCUUUGAAAGUUGAGAAAGGAGUCAUGAGUGACCUCCAAGUUGACAGCCUCACAUAGGGAUUUGAUUUUGAGGUAGUUAUUACCACAGAUGAGGACAAUAGAUGCUAAAACUGCCUCUUCUAUAGAAAGUUGAGCCAGGGUUGUCAUCUUUUGCUUGGUAGCAUCUAUCUUUUGCAUGACAGUCUGUUUAUCCCAACGUUCAACUUGUUUUGAUUUACGAGAUGUCUCUUUUUCGAUGUUGCUCGGAAGACUCUUUUCACCUUGAAAACCAUCAGAAGACUGACAAUUGAUCAUUUGACCACCACCACGAUUCACCUCAUUACCUUCAAGACUGUAACCAAAUAAUAUAGUGUUAUUACAUGAUUCCCACUUGUACAUCUCGGCCACCCAAUAUUCCACCGCACUAAGUGGUCUGUGUGCAAUGCAAAUUCUGACAAAUGUAUAAAUCUUGCUUUGCGAGACAGUGCUUUGGGUUUUAAAAGAUAAAGUAGGACUUUUUUAUCAUAAUACUAUUGUAGCUAUCUGGCGUUACAGGGCUCACUUUUUAUUGAACUCUAACUCGUCAAACUCGCGUAGGUUCUAUAUGAGUAAAAUGGCUGUCCAGUUUGCUGCCGAAAAAACGAGUAAAUUUCUCAAAUAAAAAAGAAAACUGUUCCUGACAACACGAAGAAGGCGACAAAAUUUGGUCUGUCAGUUUUUACAGGUAAGAGCUUUGCCUGUUUAACCUGCAUUUAACGAUGAAACCAGUGAAAAAGUUUUUUGUCUACAAAUGCAAAUUUCAAGUCUUGCUUUACUUUAUUUAGCUCGGCAAGGAAACGUGACGACCUUCAGUCAUUUACACCCCAAAAUGGUAAUCGUUGACAGCAAUAAACCGGUUAAAAAUCAUCGUUUUUAACUAAAUUAUCUCACUGUUUUAGUACUGUACUAAAACUAUUAUUCACCUCAGUGGCGGUGGAUAGUGGUGGAAAUUAAUCACACCGCUUCGCGCAGCCACCUCAUUAAUUCAGUGAAUAAUAUACCCAGCAACUUGCAAUCUUUGUGACGUCCCUGACUGAGGAACAAGAAGACCUCUGCAAGAUUUCCAUUGGGGAAAAUUUCAUCCUAGCAAGAGAUAUUCCCAGUAAAUCAUAUUUUUACCAACACGGCUUUUGAUCCAGGCUUUAAACCUCUUGAGGUUGCACCAAACUUAUAAGCUGGGCAUCCUGAAUUCAAAGAACUUUUAAGCUCCCUACAAUAAUAUUAUUUGUCCAGGAGCAUCGGCCUUGUAGUGAUUGUAUAUUGGGUUGCCUGUGCUUGUAAUGCAUUGUGGGCGAGUGUGAGAAAACAGUAUGGCGGAAUGAAACUUGUCUUGUUUCCUGAGUGUAUAAUCCACCCCCAUCGAGGACUGGUCUGGCGUUCAGACAUUACAAUGGCGACGAGGAUCAAGUUAACGAGAUUUCCUGGCGGCAUGGUGCGAAAUAAUUUCCAACCGAUGAAUAUUUUGGGAUCAAAAUACAGGGCUGUCAACUCUCCCAGAUAAUCCGAGAGACUACAGAUUUUGGACCGUAUCUCCCGGACUCUACCCUGGGUGCCAGAGACUUUUCUAGCGCGGUUUCCGGUUUCUGUCAAGUCUUUAUAGUGCCGAAGAUGUGUCGGCCUUCGGCCAACACCGAAAAUUCCCGCCGCACGCGAGAAAAACCUCUGGUACCCAGGGUACCCGGACAAUAAAAUUUCAAAUAUUUUGCGUUGUUUUAGCUAUUUAACUGUUAACACCAAACUUUUUCUCAAAAACCUCCGGUAUGCCAUUGUAAUAUAAGCAAUAAUGUGAUUGGUAGGAAGUAAACCAAUCAGGUCAAAUGUUACAAUGCCAACAACAUCUUUUUCGCGCAUUUUAUGUGAUGGCAAAUUCGUGAUGACCGGAGUCAACGAGUAUCUUUUUGGCGCAAAUGGCGUCAUUUGUUGAACGUUAUGACGUCAUCUAUCAUCCCUUCCCUAUCAAUUCUCAAUAUUUAAGGACGUGGGGGGUUGACAGCCCUGAAAUAGGAAUUGAGCGAGCAAUGGCAUGUGUGGCUGUGAGGAUUCAAAUUUUUCGCUCAAGGUGAAAACAAACCUACAAAAUCCCGCGAGAAAGAGGAGCGAAUUACUUUAGCGGGUCGGCUCUGGAGUGCAGGAUAUUUUUGAGAAUCUUACAAUUGUUCUCGUGGAAGGUCAAGCCGAUGACGUUUAUCGACAAACCGUUCGAGCCCUGAACGCAUACUUUCAUGUGCAAGAAAAUGCAGCUUACGAAAGGCACGUUCUUCGCCAAAUACAUCAAGAACCCGAGGAAGACGUGUGAAGAUUUGGACUCGUUGGCGCUUCGACUAAGGAAGCAAGCGAGACACUGGCUAUGAAGUUGAGGAGCUCGAAUUUGCAGUAAGAGACCAGCUGCUAGAGCCGUUAGCUUCUAUUCGGAAAGAAUCGUCCCAAGAGUAACGGACCAAGCUAUUUGAGGUUCCUAACUUAAGCUUGCAGCAGCCUUGACUACAGCCAGAGAGUGGGAAACAGAAGCGCCGUCAGACAAGCAAAAUUGCAGGGGGAGAGGAAAAAAGCAGCGUGAAUUUGGUGCAGCCCAGAUCAGGCAAAUAAAAGCCAAGUGGGAAAAGGAAAAUUGUGUACUAAGUGUAGCAAGAGAGGGCACUGGGCAUCGUGUUGCCGGAAUGAGGCCGAUGGAAAAGAGAAAGUGGGUAAGAGUGAUGGAAGAGUAAGUGGGAGUAAUGAUUGGCGAUCCUGUAGUGCUGCCAGUACGUAGUGGACGUAAUUUAAAACCUAGGGGCCAACAAAUUAAUCAAGUGGACUACGGCAGUGAAGAAGAGCCAAUUGCCUUUCCAAUUAACUACAAUGGGGAAAGGGCCUGUGAAGAAAACGUUAUUUCAGUGAAGAUUACUGGCACCAAGACAAGUAUGCUCGUUUACUCUGGAGUACAGUCCACCGUGAGUGGCCUCAGAGGAAAUUUAAUACCAGAAGAGAGGAACCUUCGUGUCUAUCAGUAUGGCAAUGGGUGUUUAACAAGGUGGUCGGUAAAUUUGAAGCUACAAUUGAGUGUCUUGGGCAAAAAGUAGUGGAAACUGUUCUCGUAACACAGGGAGAAGGGCGGUGAUGGCUUGGUAGCCCAGCUGCUAAAAGGCUAUAAGUGCUGAAAGUUGGACAAGAACCGGUGAAUAUAACGGCAGUUUAUUCCAUAGGCAGUGAUAUCAACGGUAUUGUGGGGCUUUUCCCAAAGGUGUGUUCUCUGGGGUUGGCAAGUUGUCAAGGGUCACCAGUAGGGUUCUUCAAUGCUGUAAUCCCGACCCAAAAUUUUCUUGCAAUCCCGUAAUCCCGAGGGUUAUUUUUGGUAUCCCACCUCCCAAGCAUACUUUCAAUCCCCAAACUCACCCGAUUUUGCUUUCAAAUCCCGAAUCCUGAGCAUCAAAUAAGGGAAAUCCUGGGUCCCGAAAAAACUUACUUGGAACCCUCGUUGUCCGGUUGCGAGCUUAAGUUGCCCAUCAAUCGUGAAGUUAUACCAUCACCACAGAAACCGAGGCGGAUCCUUACCCUUUGAAAGAUAAAGUUCAGACAAAGAUUGACGAGCUUCUUAACCUUGACAUCAUUGAGAAGGUUUCAGGCCCAACAACCUGGGUCAGCCCAGCUGUGAUAGCUCCUGAGCCAAACAAGGAUGAUGUGUAUAUAUGCGUCGACAUGAGGCAUGCCAACGAGGCAAUUGAAAGGGAGAAAUUGCCGAUUCCUACGGUGGAUGAGGUGCCGGAGGAAAUGAAUGGAAGCGCGGUUUUCUCCAAGCUCGAAAUGAACAUGAGGAUACAUCAAAUUGAGUUUGAGAAGGGGUCGAGGGAUAUCAUAAUAUUUUCAGCUGGUAAUUCUUUGUAUCGUUACAAGAGGUUAAGUUUUGGUGCGAACAGUGCUCUGAACAGUAUCAGAACAUUAUUAGGCACACAAUCGCUAAUUGCCCCUGUGCCACCAACAUAGCUGAUGACAUUGUUGUGCACGGACGGACAACUGAGGAGCAUGACAGAAAUCUGGUGACAUUGCCACAGAGCGAUUACACGAAAGAAACCUAACCAUUAACAAGGACAAGCGCAAGAUUGGAAUGAAUCAAACUGUUUUCAUGGGACUGCUUCGAAGUGAACUGUUGUAUGGAAGUAGAAUCCAAACCAAGAGACCAGGAUACUGAACGGAAACAGAGAAGUGCUAAAGAUGCAAACAAAGGAACUAUGGGGUCUGAUGUGUCGGACGGAGACAAGGUGCUACUGAUGAGGCAGAAAGAGAACAAGUUGUCUGCAACGUAUGAUCCAGAGCCAUGCAGUAAGUUUCUAAGAGAGGAGAUCUGGUGGUCCUUGAGCGAGGCGAAACCCUACUUAAGAGGAACGCAGGCCAUGUGAAAAGGUUCAUCCGACCCGCACCAAGGGAAUCUCAGCAACAGCGAGAACCAACACAGCAACUGGAGCAGAGACCACCAAUGGAACCAGUUAUCCUUACUGACCCUGAACCCAGAGUCAUUCCAGCAGAAUGGCCUGCGUCUGAGCCCACUGCUGAGCCCAGCUUACCGCAGCCUAGUGCUAAGAUGCCAGAACAGGCCGUUGAGCCUCAAAGGUCAACCCAUGAGAGCCAAGCCAAGCUGGCUUAAAGACUAUGUCACAUGAAAGAUUGAGCCAAAGUGGCUUAUUAGGCUACGCUGCUUAAGAGACUAGUUGAUUUUGAUAUAAGGACUUUAAUAACUUUUUUUACCAAGGGCAUUUUGAUGAGAACUAACUACUCGUUGGACUCUUCGAACAUACAAUCCUGGCCAAAAGGUUUUGGGACACCACCCGUUUUUCACGUGUUUUGCUAUGGAAUUUACAGCUAACCUGCGUUACACACUCAUAAACACAGCCUUAACAAGAUUUUCCCUCACCUCCUGCCGCUGAACAAAGUUGAGGUCCUUAGCGUAUGCAAAAUAUGUAAAAAGUGUUUGACUUGUAACACCCAACACGGUUCAGGGGAGGGGGUGUCAACUUGAAUUACAUUUUUCUCACCUGAAACACAAAUUGUCCCAAACGUUUUGACCAGGAUUGUAGCUUUAUUAACACUCCUUAUAGGACUGUUACAGUUCUGGCUUAGAGUUUAUUUGUUAGGGCCUUUCAUUAUGUGUACUGUUUCAUUUCAAACGGGCAGAUGUGGUGAUUGUAUAUUGGGUUGCUUGUGCUUGUAAUGCAUGGUGGGAGAGUGUGAGAAUACAAUAUGGCGGAAUGAAACUUGUCUUGUUUCCUGAGUGUAUAAUCCACCCCUAUCGAGGACUGGUCUGGCGUUCAGACAUUACAAGCCUCAUGAUAAACGCUCUUCAGUACCAGUGGAAUUUAUAACAGAACAAGGUAUUCUGGUAUCCCUACCAGAUUAACUGCAGACAAUCAUUUUUUCUUCAGUGUUUUUAUGGUUGAAAAAUUAAAUUAAAUGCAAUUGUUUAAUUUUUUAACUUACUGUGGAAUAAAUAAUAGUCUGGAACUCUGAAUUAAUUACUAAUUUACCCAGUUUUGACAUGGGAACAGUAGCUUAAACUGACUAACCUUAUCUGCAACAGUCGUGCUGCAAAUUCACUGUCUGUCUUCUCUUUAAAUCCGAAUUUCUCUUUAUACCGUUUCCAGGAGUUAAACACACGUCCUUCUAGGCGAAUAAACUUUGGAGCAGAGGCAGUCAUGUUGCAAGACACUUGUCACCUAACAACAAAAUUAUUGUUAUUACUAAUAAUUUAAUAAAUUAUACAAAAUUACUGAUUAGCACUAGACGGCCCAUCAUCAUAUAUGACAGAGACCUAACUAAUUAACUUACUAAUUAACUAACUUGAAAUUCUGACUAACUAAUACCACCAGCUAAAAAUUAACAGGCAAAAGGAUAGAUCCACUAGCUUUACUACAAACUCUACCAGUCCCUGGCUACCAUAAAAAAAAACAGGAAACAAAAAAAAAGUAAUAAUAAGAUGCAUCAUGAACUUCUCGUAUAAAUGGCAUAAAAAAUGUGUUCGUGUCUUAAAGAAGAGGCGAUGUCUCAGCUAAGGCACUCUUUACAUGCUCGUAUAAACGGUCAUUAGACGUGUCUUAUGUAAGCCGUGUACGUCAAAAAACACUUUGCAGAUCAUAUUUCUUAGCUUACUACCUGGCGCGAAACUGAAAACGCUGACCACAGAGUGACUGCCCCGCAUAUUCCCCGGUCAGGGAGGUGAAGACCAUGAUUUCUAGCAAAUUCCCCUCCUACCGGAAAGGGGAACAAAAAUGGAGUGAUUAUGAAGUGAAAGUCCCUGCAUUACUCCAGUCAUACCCAAAGGGGGGUGGGGGGUUCCGGGAGUUUCAAAUGAAUGGUGCAUAAUUCCAAACACAUUAAAUUGAAAAUGUGCCCGCGCCUAUACCUAAUGGACAUCAAUCUAUUAAGGCCGGGCCAGACCAGCCUCAGCAGACACGAGGCGCGGGCUUUUUAAGUUGUUUUGCAGCAAACAUCUUAACACUUGAAUAUUUCAGAAGUGAUCUAUUAAAUGGGAACGGUCAUUUCAGCCAUUUGCCAAUCGGUAAAAUGGCUAGUGUAACCGCACCUAAUAUGAAGGGAAUCUAUUUCGUGAUGCAGUGAAGCGAUAAAUCGCUGACAUUCGUAGGGUUCGUCACGCGUUCCUGCCCCACAAACGUCUGCUGAAUCGAGCGGUAAAAAACGAAGACCAAUCACAGCAAACUUCCAGAUCAAGGAAAUGCACUUUAGACAUUGACAAAUUUCGCGCGAGACUCAGCUCUAGAAAAGAUCAGAAAGGCCUCGAAAGGUGAAGACCUUAUGUAUUUAACUCACACGCCUUCGUACUAGAGACUCUCACUGAAAAAAUUGCCUCGGAGGUUUAUAGAGGAUAUUACACGGUGGCGAGAAGAUAUGAAUUUUAUGUUCGAGUGGCAAGAACAAUAUCUCACGAGUGAGCGAAGCGAACGAGUGAGAUAUUGUUUUUGCCACGAGAACAUAACAUUCAUAUCUUCGAGCCAACGUGUAAUGUUCUUUUUAUCAUAUGGAGAAACCAUUUCAACAAAAGCAAAAGGCGGGAAUCGAGACGUCAUUGAACGAUACGACACUCACAAAGGUGACAUACGGAAAAUACGCCACUCGGGUCCCGGAUGAAGUGGCGUAUGGAAUCUACGAGUGGUUUAGUUCCCAGUAAAACACUCUCCUCCAUAUAAUAAAAUUUCAUAUCAAACUCAUUGCCACAUUUGCCCUAUGUGAUAUCGGAUAACGCCGACAUCCGGUGAACACUCUAUGAAAGACCUCUAAAAAUACACAAUUUUGGUCAGAAUUAUGUCGUUCUAUCCCAAAGUAUCAUUUCUUUCCACCACCGAAAAUAGGUUGAAAAAUAUGUAAUCUAAUAUCAGGGAGUUUACGCAACGACGACGGCGAUGGCUACGAAAUCGCGUCUUAUUCCCAAAUGUUGGCAAAUUGUUUUGGAGUUGAAUUCUAAAGGACUGCAUCAAAGUUCAGGGAAAGAAAGAGAAAGUUGUUGUCUUUUGUUCCAGUCCUCGACAAAAUGUGAAAUUAGGCAGUUUCACGUUGUAGUCGUCCACCGACGGCAAAAAAAUGUACAACAAAGGGUGAUGCACGUCCAAAGUUGUUGUUUUGCUAGUAUCAGCUUAUUGAUUUUUUGCCGUUCUCGUUGUCGUCGACGUCAUCGUUGCGUAAACUUCCCAUUGAUAACAACCGGGGUUUAUUUGGCCGCGAUUUAGACAUGUAUGGUAGCCCGCCAACGCCAUAGCAAUUUUGUACCUUUAUAAUUCUAACUUUGAAACCUCCUGGGUAGCAUAUACCUGAUCAUUACAAUAACCUAGUAAUGUCCAGGAGUAGAUUCAGGGGAAGAGCCCGGGAGGACCACCCCCCCCCUUGUUUUCAGACCAAGCUGAGGUCCGGAUGGCCGACAAAAUUUUUUUGGAGGUCGGCGCCCCUCCCGCUAUCUUAUGUUCUGGACGACAGGGCCCUCCCCUUAUCGCAAGGUAUGGAUCCGUCAGUGAUGUCCAAUAUAAUUCUAACUUCUCCUGGAUGUCAAUGUCCAUUGCAUUUAUGAUUAUUGUUGUUUAACGUUUUUCAAGUGAGUUUUUUAGUUCGUUAUGUAGCUGACGUGGUUUGCAUUUGAGCAUACUUAAUCAGUGAUUUAAUGUCGACCGUGAAGGACAGUGAAUGGUAAUACCUUUGGAGAUUGUUGCUUUCCUAUUGUCUUUCUUUCCAAUCACAUUACAGGUUUUGCCCUCCUCUUGUUACAAACAAUCAACUAUUUAUCACACAUUAACUUAAUGAAUGCCUUUGUUUUGUCAUUAGCAUUUUUUCUUCCUUUGAUCUUUGGAGUCUAUCAGUAAUGGAGUCUGUCAGUAAUACAAAGCGAAAACGUUCGCUCGAGCAAAAGUUAAACAGCGAGCGAAAUGAUUAUUACAAGAAGCUAAGAAAAGAGCAAAAGAAGAAGAGGAAAAAGCGAAGGGAUGGUUCAGAAAAGCAACUAGAAGCACCAGCAAUCAAAAGAAACACAGAAAGACAGAAAGAAACACAGCUACCAGAGGCAGCAAGGAACGAACCAAAAAAGGUCGAAUUAGCAGAGCGAUCAAAGACUGUCACAGCAACAAACGAGACAAGGAAGGACGAACCACAGGUAGCCCAAGCUCACUAUGAGAGCCGUGGACAACAUUAUCUGCAUUAUCCUACUUAGCUAAUUAAUUAUUCAUACAGCAAGAAAAUUAUAAGACGUUGUAUCGAGAAAUAUUCUUUGCUCACUAAAUUAGCAAAAUGUACAUUGAAUAUCGCUUUGAAGCUUACCUUUAGCGUCUUCUUGGUUUUCUUUGUAUUCUGACUGCAUUUCAGACCUCCUAGGCACUGUUUAAGGCCUUUUUUGGAGCGACAGUUUUUCACCUGUCAUCUGGGUGAAAAACUGUCCCUCCAAAAAAGGCCUUAAACAGUGCCUAGGAGGUCUGAAAUGCAGUCAGAAUACAAAGAAAACCAAGAAGACGCUAAAGGUAAGCUUCAAAGCGAUAUUCAAUGUACAUUUUGCUAAUUUAGUGAGCAAAGAAUAUUUCUCGAUACAACGUCUUAUAAUUUUCUUGCUGUAUGAAUAAUUAAUUAGCUAAGUAGGACAAUCUUGCAUGUUCACGGCUCUCAUAGUGAGCUUGGGCUACCUGUGGACGAACUAGCACAACGACCAGAGACAGCAAGCAAGGAAGUGAAGAAAAAUGAAGCAGUAAACUACUGGCCUCGUCAGUUAAUUGUAUGAAAAGAUGAGUCUUCGAGGGGGAAAUUGAUAUUAUCGGCGGCCUUGAAAGUUAACAGAAAAACGAAUAAGACGAGGACAGAAACAACUAAGAAGAGACGUCUAGCUCAAGCUUCACGAAGCGAGAAAAAGUUCCUAAGCGAUACUGAUGUGACGGAGUUGACAAAUGAGAAACGUGUCGCUGGGGCAAAGCCACUCGGGAGUGGAACGUUUGGAACUUGUUAUCCAGGCACCUUUCGUCAAUAUCGAGUGGUUAUUAAAGAAUAUAAGGCUAGAACCCACAUGAACGGGGAACACGACAUUUUGGAGCGGUUAAGGCGAGCAGCAAGACACGAAGCGCUUGUUAUAAAACAACUAGGCGACCACCCAGGGACUCCUUGGCUGUUCGGUGUAUGCACCGCAAAAAUGCCUGUCAGUAUUGUCAUGAAGUUUCACAACGAUGGCAAAGAAAGUGUGACAAUCUACAAAGCGGCAAAAGACAAGAAAGUGGCAGAAGCAAAGAAAUGGAACGGCAUAUUUUUGGAAACUUCGGAAGCUUUGGAACAUAUUCAUAAUUGUGGAUAUGCCCACAACGAUCUAAAGAGUAACAACGUGGUAUUAGAAAAGAGGGAGGACCAACAGCUGCACCCUGUUAUAACAGAUUUUGGUAACAGUGUGCUGUUAAAGAAGGCAAAAUCUCCCGUUGCCAAACCGGUACAUCAAAGGAAAGCUUACCUGAACUCUUAUAUUGCCCCUGAACUAUUAGACGGAAUAGGAAAGCCGUCUGUUGAGAGCGAUAUUUACGCGUUAGCUUUUUUUAUAAAAGGUGUUUACAUUAUUCUUGGAAAUACUGAUGCUAUUAAAACGUAAAAAGUGCUUUGGCAAAGUCACCUAAAAGUAGACCUCCGAUCUCAGUUUAAAAAAGUGGCCUUUAGCGUUGACAAUUAAAUCUUCCUUUACUAUGUAAUUGUAAGCCUUUAAGAUUUUUUAAACUACGAUAGGUUAGGUAAGUUUAUGAGAUAAGAUUUCGGCGAAUCGCUUAAUUCAUUCAUAGUGGUAGUCACUGUAAGUUGGAAGUAACCAAUUAUGACAAAGGAGAGAUUAAGCGUCACGUUUACGGUAAACGGCAACCGUCAAAUUGUACCACGUGACCAAGUUUUCCCUUUACUUGUUGUCUACUGUUGAUUAUCUAUACACAUAUACAAAUCAGUAGUUUUACGCUAGUUUUAUAUAUGCAAAAUAUUAUUAUUUUGGACAGUUUUAAUUUGUCAUGUCUUCAAGAAAUUGUCAGCUUGAAUCUGCCCUUUGUGGCAAAUGUAGUUCUAAGUUUCUCUAAUGUUUUCUCGUCCCUUGGUCUUGGGUCGCGAGUCAAACUGAUAUUUCUAACAGGUGAAAACGAAUGUCUGUAUACUUUUUCACACGAUAAUCCGAAUGACUUUUUCUCUUUUGUAACAGUACGAGAGAAUACUUGUUUGGCUGAUACUAUUAUUAUACUAUUUUUCUAUUCAGGUUCCCUCUUCUCUUAUAGUAAAUAUUAUUCUGAGUGUCAUACUGUGGAGGUAAAUUACGGGGGCGGGGGGAAAUUUCUAAUUUAGCUGCUUUGUUGUUGUUGUUGUUACUGGUUUUGAGGCGUAUGUUUGUAAUUUAUAAAAUAGUUUUUAAAUACCACUUGCACCUUUUGCUCUGCAAAUUUCAAUUGUAAUUACAAAACAAUUUUUAACAGGCGGUAUGCCUUACAACUUUAACUGAUUAUUAUUCGAAAACGUACAUUUUUCUGUUUCCUAAUUUCUAUAUUUUAUGAAAAAUGUAUACAUAUACAUGUCUUUAAGUGCAUAUGAAAGAAUAAGUUUUGUGGAAGGACUGUGAAGUUCAUUUAAGAAGCUUUAAGAGGAUUUAGUUUUGUGUCUGAAAGAAUGUCAAAUAUUACAUGUAUUUAAUUGCGAUCAUUACAGCUUAUUAAAGCUUACAAUAUAUUUAAUGAACCUUUACAGUGUCAACUUAAAUGAAUGUUAGUCUUUAGAUAGGUAAAUUGUAUUUAAGGCAACCUAAAUAUUCUUAAAGGCAUCUUAAUGGUACAUAUCUACUUUAAGGAAUUUAACGAUCUUUAAGUGUAAACUUAAAUGUAUUCAUUACAUUUAAGUGACUUUUAAUUUUUUCUUAAAGAUAAGUAAAUCUGUCAUUUCGUCCUGUGUAUACAAAACGCCAACGCUUAUCUCUUAAAAAAUUCUUGUCCGGAGCCAGAGCAGCCAGAGGUCCCAGAGCUAAACUCUUUAAUCGCGUAUCACACUCUACCGAGCUAAUGUACGUAUGUGUUUGGCUUGUCAACACUUUGACCUCAAUUCUCCCACAUCUGCACGUUAGCCGGCGAAGCGCAGACGUAUUUCCGGUCGUCCCUUUCGGAGGGAGAGAAGCAAUGACCGGAAAUACGUCUGGGCUUCGCAGGCUAACUGCACGUGAGCUGCAGCUGAUAUUUGUGAACAAUGGGAAAGGAAUAUUUAACCACUCGAUUCAGCCGGGCGUUCGUGGGGCAUGAACGCGUGACGAACCCCUAUUAGAGAGUUUUAGAUCGGAGUUUACCGCGAACCUCUAACCGCGGUUCAUGACUAUAUUCUAACAAAGGUUUUAUUUGUCUUAGUUUGCCUUUCAAAAACUGCAAUAAUGAACCUAGAUCACCGAGAAAGUUGUUUAUUGCACUCAAUCACCCCCGCCGCCAUGACGAGCUUUGAAGCGCGAAAAAAUUUUAUGCAAAUUAGCUGGCUGCACAUUCAAUGUGCAGCCAGCUAAUUUGCAUAAGUAAUUCAAAACCAAAGUCUGACAGCUCUAGGCUCUUGAGGUGUUAGCUGAAUACCCUAGGACUUCCGUAAAUUGCCCACAAAAGAGUAACUCAAGCUACCAUAAACUGAAAUGAAAGUAACCGCAAUAUCCGAUUAAAGCAAGGUUUAAAUCUUUUUCUGCUCGGCUAACCCUCUUCCGAGACACUUACUAUUUUGGUAAUAAUAAAACGCCAUAAACAUUUUACAUUGCGCCUUUUUCAGUCUCAGGCAGUAAGUUAUAGUAUGAAAUGGAGGUAAACUUAAGAAUUCAGUUUUGUGACUGCCCUGCAACUUUGAAACUAUUUAAGCCGCUUCCUAAAAGGCAGGGAAAAUGUUUCUCGUAUACGCUACCCAGGAUACUACAGGAAUGAUUAGAGCAUUUUUACGAGUUAACUGUAGAUUUCAGGUAUACACUACCCAGGAUACUACAGGAAUGAUUAGAGCAUUUUUGCAAGUUAACUGUAGAUUUCAGGUAUACGCUACCCAGGAUACUACAGCAUCGAUUAGAGCAUUUUUACGAGGUAACUGUAGAUUUCAGGUAUACGCUACCCAGGAUACUACAGGAAUGAUUAGAGCAUUUUUACGAGUUAACUGUAGAUUUCAGGUAUACGCUACCCAGGAUACUACAGGAAUGAUUAGAGCAUUUUUACGAGUUAACUGUAGAUUUCAGGUAUACGCUACCCAGGAUACUACAGGAAUGAUUAGAGCAUUUUUACGAGUUAACUGUAGAUUUCAGGUAUACACUACCCAGGAUACUAAAGGAAUGAUUAGAGCAUUUUUGCAAGUUAACUGUAGAUUUCAGGUAUACGCUACCCAGGAUACUACAGCAUUGAUUAGAGCAUUUUUUGAGUUAACUGUAGAUUUCAGGUAUACACUACCCAGGAUAUCUGCAACGCAGAUAACAAAAGCUCAGGAAACAAGGGGACCCUGCAUGAACCAGCGAGGCUGCUUGUUUGCGAAAUUUUUUUGAGAAAAGAGCUGACUCUCUCGAGUGUUGAACUAGAACAGAAUAAUCCAGAAUUAUAAUUUUAAACAUCAAUUGCUACUGAUAUAAUUAUUAAGUUUUCUUACCUGUCUGGAGUCUCUUCCACUGAUGUCAAUGAUCUGGGCGCCAAACAAACGCGCGCGGUACAUAUUUCCCGCCACAAAUAAUUAAAAGCACUUUCAUGAGACGGUGAUCAAAAUGCAAAAGCAAAAUAGGAAAGCCGGCGCCAAAUUGCUAGAGGCUAGCGAUCGUUUGUUGGGCGGCGUGUGAUAGAGUGAAACUGACAAAAUAUCGAGAAAUCUGAACAGAAUCUUUUUGUAAUACAUUAUCAAAAAUUAUGUGAAAUACAUCAUCAGAGAACACGUGCGAAAAAAAUAAUUUCGGCUCGAUAUUUUUUCUCGGUAUUUUUCAUCGAUAAAAAACCGAAACAUUAAAAAUCACGACUUACCAUCAAUUACUAUGCUAAACAAAGCUAAACUUACCAAAGUCGAUAACCAAGUAAGGAUUUCCUACAGAAAUAAUUUGCCACUCUCGUUUAGCAGUGUAGUGGUCGAACUUGACGUAGGUUAAAACUGAUUCGUUUUGCCGGCAUCUUCCCGUUAAAUUAAAGUAGAUUUAACACUUGCCAGGAGUAAUUAGAAAUCUAGCCAUUUUCCUCAUAGCUUCGCAAAUGCAACCAGCGUUAUGCAGUAAAGCGACAGAAACUUUAGCGAAAUAUUCACACGCGACAGUCGCGACAACCUCAGUAAAUCUAACAAAUGAAACAAGAUGCUGAGAGAAAAAAAGGGCUUCAUUGAUUGUUUCCGGCAGGCGGUGACAAGUAAUGUACGAGAUUAGAAGACCUCCUGGUCAGAAUUUUUUUUGUAGCCUAAGCCCGUCAAUGUGCGGAAAUAAAUCACAUUCUUUCGACCGUGUUAGGUUUUAUUUUGAUUCGUUUGAUCUGAGUUCAAUUGGUUCGAUAUUAUAAUCGAAGUAAUGGAAAACUCGUGCGAAAACUGAAUCUGAUGGAAUGAGUUCGAAUGUGUUCGAUUACUUCGUUUAACAUCGAUAAUCAAUAGAACUUAGGCCCGGUUCAAACGCCGACCUUUUCCGUGCCGAGUGAGCCGAACCUAAUUCGAAUGAAGGCCGACCACUUAUUUAGACCGGCUGAAUUGACUCCGACGCCGAUCUUAAUUCCAGCCGUACUAAAUUCCAAAGGAGAAAAAUAUUCAUUUCGGUCAAACUGCCAACAAAAUACUUGAUAACAACUUAUUCAUUUGGUUCGGUACAUGAAAAGGUCGGCGUCUGAAUCAACUGCCGUUCCAAAGUCGAUCCAAAGUCGAAAUUCCCGGCCGGGCUAGGAACUUUUCAUGUACAGUAUUAGGUUGGGCUCAUAAAACGUUCACACGCGCGCCGUACUUUUCAUAAGCUGAACCUAAUUCGAAGUAAGGCCGACCCAAAUAACUUACACCGGCUGAAUGACCUGUAUUCAUUAAAAAGCCGAUUCAAAAGAUGAAAAGUAUUCAUUUCGGUCAAACUGCUUACAAAAAACGUUAUAAUAAUCUAUGCAUUAGGUUCGGUACAUGAAAAGUUCGGCGUCUGAAUCAAAGCCGUUCCUAAGUCGCUCCAAAGGCGAAAUUCCCGGCCGGACUAGGCGAAAAGAGCACCUGAGCCGUUUCAACUUGAAGCAGGCGUACCAAUUUACUACAAACGCCGAACUUUUCAUGUUCGGCAACCGGAACCGGGCCUAAAGAAAAAGUGUCGUUCGAUUAUGUACGUGAUGCUCAAUCUGUGGACUGCUUUCAAGAACUACAGAAUCUCGCAAACUCGAACCCUUAAGGGAAACGAAACAAAAGUUAGAUCAAGUUAAUGAGAAUUAGCGGGAUUUCGAGAUCGAUACUAGGGAAAAAGUUCAUUGAAAAUACAGCCAAAAGCGGCGAUUGAGUAGAUUUCAUAACGCCGAGUUCUAUUGUAGUAGUUAUCGAACAUUUGAUCGAAAAUAAUUACAAUCCUCCUCUGAGAAGCUGUAAAUAUAAUGAAGAAAGUGCUUAAACCUCACAAAUUACCUUUUGAUUUGUUUUUUCCUUCGACUCCUGGGAAUUAGCGACAACUAGAAGUGAACUUCUUUGUUGUUCCGGGUUGUUCCGGGUUCUUUGUUGUUCCGUUGUUCUUUCCCGGGUAAGGACAAAAUAUGGGUAGGCCACGUGGUGGGCCAUUGUAUAGGCCAUGGCAGUGUGAGGGUGGUCAAUUUUUUUUUCCAUAUUUAAAACAUAGGGAACCCACGCUCUUAUUCGUAAACUGCAAAUGGAAAUUAAAUAAGAGGUUGAAUUUUACCAUUUUUAUUUUAAUUUCCAUUUGCAAUUUACAAAUAAGAGCGUGGGUUCUAGAAUGCCUCGGGGGUUAUAUUUUUCAAAGGCCCUUUUUGAGGGGCUUAUUUUUGGAGGGGCUUAUCUUCGGAGGGGCUUAUCUACGGAGGGAAAUUUCCGUUUCAAAAUCGAUUGGGCUAACUUAUACUAGGAAGGAAAUUUACCGUUUUUGCUUUGUUUUACUUUGUAUUUGAAGACAAUUUCCAAGUACAAGCCUCAGGGGGGUUGUGCUUAUAUUUGGAGGGGCGAUUUGACGGAGGGUUUUUUUUCGUUACGAGUUUGGGGGGCUUAUAUUUGGAGGGGCUUGUACAUGGAGGGGCUUAUUUUCGGAAUUUUACGGUAUAUCAUAAUAAAAGAUGCCAAGAAUUCCUCUCCAACAAUAAAUGAGUUAUUGCUGUCGCGCGCGUGUCAUGAAGUAAGAGGUUGUUCGCGGUCUAGUUUUUAGGCAAUUGUUACAAAGACGCCAAAAAAAAUGGAAUGCUACGGAAUUUUUCAGAUUAAAAAACAAAAAAGCAAAACAAAAACAAACCAAACCGCGCGACCUGAAGAGUCAGGGUACGCUCUUCUGGUCAGCGGUCUUUAAUAGCGGAGCUCCAGGGGCGGCGUUUCGCGCCGCGCGUGGGCAGAACCCCAUAGCUAAGGAAAUGUCGUAAUCUACCCAUCCGAGAAAAUUUCGUAAUCACGUGACCGUACACCGAGCGAGCGAGCGACCGUCCGUCCGCACCACAGGCAUACCCAUGUAAAAUAACUCAAUCAAGAGGUAUGGGAACCCAAAUGCAACUCCAAGUUUUAUUUGGAAAGAAAUCACAUGGCCGCCCGGACGUUUAGAGAGAAAAAAGUCGUGUCUUUUUCGGCAUUAUUUUUUUUUAUGUUUACACUAACGUGGAUAACAGAGAAAGAGCUAGAGCGAGUUACUGAACUCAAAGGAGACGAAUUUCAUAGGAAGAAAAACAUGGAAAUUCAAAGCGGCGGUGAGAAAGUGAGAAAUGCUAGUGGCCAGCAAGGUGAAAAUGAGCGGCAGUAAAAAAUAAAAGCGAACAUGAACACAGGAAACAAAAUAUUGGGUAAGCACAUGCGACAAUUCCUCCAUAAAAAUAUUGUGUAACUAGGAAGUUUGACGUUUUAGUCGUACAAAACAGCGUUGUAGUAAUGCAAAACAACGGCAAGGGAAAGACAAAAAAGCGUGCUGCAUGUGCAAAUUUGUUUUUUGCUAAUUAGAAGAAAAAGUGUGCUGCACACACAAUUUGUUUUGUUGCUAAAUAGAUCUAUUGGUCUUGAAGCCAUUUUCAUUGUCGUCCCCGUUUAGCAUUACACGAUUUAAUUUUUUCUUGUUUACACGUAUUAUUAACCAGAGCUUGGCUUUUAGCCCUGGCUAAAUCUAUAUAUUACCUACUUGCCCUUUUGCAAGCACAAAGUAACGGAGAAGAUAAUGUUCAAGUAACAUUUUUCAUUCUCUUAUGAAUUUUGAAAAUUAUUAAUAAAAAGAACAGACUAAAAUACUACGAUUUGUUUACAUGCCAGUACAACGUUAGUGCUUUGGGGUUGAAGUUAACGCAAUUAAUGUCCUCAGUGAGGCAGUAGACUCACAGUUCCCCGGGACGUAAGGAGUUAAGUAAAACAACCGGCCAUGGCAAUUUAGAACCACAAGUAACAGAAAGGAAGCAUUUUAUUCGUCUGUCACCUUUAGUUGAUCGACUGAAAACCAAACCAGUAAAAUUUUAGUUCUAAAUGAAAAUUUCAACUGUAUUUUAUUCUAACGGGUCUUUCCAAACUUUAAUAAAAAGUGCAAAACAUUGCAACAGGAACGAGCUACUUUUUCCUUUGCAGCUUGCCGUCACGUGACCUGUAUCAUGAAAAAUUUACAUAAUUUAGUGAAGCAAUUCAAAGCAAAAUUACAAAUUAAUUUUAUAAAUCACUCAAGCGUGUUAAGGGAUGGCCUGGCUUGAGCCUAACAUGCAUAAUACCUUGAGAUGAUCAAAACUUUGUGAAAAGUUACUAGAAAACGUCUAAAAUUUGCAGCCUUAGACAAAUCGGUAACCUUGAUUUUCUUAUUACGCAAGAAACCAGAUAUUUGUGUCACGUGACACAUUAAGGUCAAGUCCAGAAAAGAAAAGAAAAGAAAUCAAAUAGGGCAUUUCUCUUAUUGUAUCAAUGUUCGUCGCGUGAAAUGCGGUUGACAUUCAUUUUCUCCAGGGCUAGCUCCGGGCCUUUAGGAUGAUUUUCGAUCAGAAGGUACGAGGAGAAGGGUGAAUCUUUCGACCUUUUUGCUGCAAAGUUUGAAAGCGGAGCGAUGCAAUGUUCGGGGAAAAAAUCGCUCCGGCGCUGGAACCCUUUCAAAAUAAGGAUUCCUCCCUUGUCCUUCCAUUAUAAGGAACAAUAAACGGUGAACUCAAAAUCGUUCAAAAUCGCUCAAAAAACAGCUUUUGAGGCAAAAAGAGGACAACAUAUCGCAGGUAAGGUAAUUCAACGUUUAUUUAACAUUGAUUUAUAUACAUACUUAGUGAUGUAUCGCUAUUGGUGAAGCAAACGGUAAAUCCAGUACAUAUACAAUAAAAUUAGUAGUAAUCGGAGCUUAGGAGAGUGCGUUCGAUGUGCUUGUUAGGCGUACAGCUGGCAGUUUGAUCAUGGUAUAUUUUAAACGUAAGGACUGCUUACAGCGAAACCUCUAUUUAAACUGUGUAUCAUUACUGGAAAAAGUCUUGAAGGCUAGUGAUAUCGCAUGGUUCGUCUCAACAAGUGCAGUAAUUUGUCGAGUUGUUGAUUUCAGUGAGUGGAGCUCCUGCGGGUUGUUUAUUAGUUUAGCUUAACUACAGAAUACAGUGCCACUUCUCUUUAUUGCUGAGUGGCUCGUUGGCUCGCCAGUCGAUUCAAAGUAUAUCAUUCAUCCGAAUAAAUAACAUAGACCUAAAAUGUUCGUUUGUCCGAUGCCCAAAAUAUCAAAUGAAAUGGCGCCGCCGAGCUUCACAUCUCGGUAGAUUAACUUUGUGGCACAACGGACGCCGAGCUACACAAUUCGGCAGCUUUAUUUUGUAAAGUGAGGCAAAAUGUAUGCUAGCCUCAAAGCGAGGCAAAUGUGUGUCGACACAAAUGCCAUCUCAGGACACCCAACAGAAAUUAGGAGUUGCGUUCUCGUACCUCGAACGUAAUUAGCAAUCUAACUUACCUCUAUCACGUUACUUUUGAAAUUGUAAGAGCUUGUUAGUUAGUAUUUUAAUAACUUAGUGUCCCGGCAAUUGUAACUUUUGAUCUGUAUUUUUUCGAAUGAAUAAAAACAUUGACAUUAUUAUUAUUAUUAUUAUUAUUAUUAGUUUGAAUUAUUAUUUUAAAUAGUUUUUAUUUUUUUUAUUAACUUUUUGAUGCUUUUUAUAAUUGUUAUUAGUAGUCUUUAGAUAGUCAUUUUACGACAAUUUUCUUUCGUACACAAGAAGAAUGUACAUAGGGUAUAUAUUUUAAUAUUUCAUAUUCUUGAAUCUGUAAAUAGUCUAUUUUUUUUGAAUCUAUGAAUAAAGUUUUGUUUUAUUAUUAUUAUUAUUAUUAUUAUUAUUACUAUAUUAAUACUGCCUAGGAUUUUUCUUUUUUUGAGGACGGCUAAAAUUUCCAAAUGACCGUUUCAUUCAUGUACAAUUUUCGAAUCUUAUCAUAUGUAUUCCCUACGAUUUUCUGAAGUUUAAUUUUCACAAUUUACUUCCCAAGGUAGGCUAUUUAUCGUAGAAAAAAAGGGAACCUAAAAUAUUCGGAUUCAAAAAUGUGGUGGCAUUAAGAAUCAGAAAAUGUUUCACUUUAGAAAUACGUCAAAUUUUAUCCAAAUUUUUCGGGAAAAUAAUACUCAAGCCCUUGUAGGGAUAAGACCUCAAGUUCCCCUAGGAUUACAGAACAGAUACAAAUUUUAUAGCGCGGCUUAGAAUGUAUAGAUAUCUAAAAGUACUCUGCUGGAUAGCCUAAAAAGUGUUUUCAAUGUAUUUAGGAGGAAACCAUCGUUGGGUGCCCUUGAGAUAGGGAACUGAACAGCCAUAUUUUCCACUCCCAUGAGGCUUUAAUUGAAUUUUGUGCUCUUGCGCUCCCUCGAAGAAAUAGGGAACUUAAGCACCACACGUUCUUUAUUCACUACGGCAUGGCUGGCCGCGCAGAACUGGAAAAGGGACGCGGUUUGCGUGCCAAAUGCAAAUCAUUAAUCAAAACGACGUGAAAACGAACGCCGACAGAAUAAUUCAGAAACAUGAUUUCAGACGAAGAAUUUCUACUUUUGUAUGACAAAUACUCUUCGAGAACCCAGAAUUUGAACCCCUGAUUUCAACCGGAGAACUCGCGUUUUAAAGUCCGUGACCGCAGCUCAAGAACGUCUUGACAUGCGCAGUGGUUGUCAUGCUGUAAAAAUACUUCCGGUUGGCGUCCGUGGUACCAAGAACAUCUGGUGCUUAAGUUCCCUAAUAACGCCCAACAACCAACCUUUGAUGGCUGCCGUCCGGACGAAACACGUAACGAUGGUCUUUCGAAUCGAGUUACCACUCCCGUUCACAAAUGUUCUCCCAAAGACAAUAUGCAUAUCGUCAGUGUAAUCAGGCUGUUUAAUGAUCUUUGUAACAUGCAUGGUCAUUUUUUCUUCCUAUUUGGUUCUUUUUAACAGAAGUUUUCGGCUUUGAUUCCAGGAACCAAGAUCAUUAGAGGGUAAAUCUUCUGGGUCCUGUGGCUGAUCACCCGAAAUGAUGAUGAAAAUCUCGCGCUCUGUGUAUAGCAAACCAAUAAAGGUCAGACGAUGAGACCAUUAGUCAAAACUUCAUUAGAAAAUUAGAGAUUUUCUUUAACUCUUGCCUUCUGCUACUGCCAUACAGAUGUGAUGAAAAAGCAAUCUUUGUUGACCCGUGACUUGUAAUGGCGCGAAAUUAUAUACCACGCCGCCACCCACCCCUAGCUAGGAUGAUGUGCAGAUAAUUGUAAAAUCAUAAAUACAUUAUUUACAACUGGGAACCUAUAAUUCAUUUAAUCUAAAAUUAAAAGAUCGGCAGCAUAAGUAUUAUGAGAAAUUAUCAAUAGGCUUUACUUUUGUUUUGGAAAAUUGACCAUCGCACACCAUGGCCUACACCACGGUUCACCCGAUGGCCUAAGGCCAUGGCCUAUCCCAUAUUUUAUCUUUACCCGCAAAGAACGUUAGUUGGGAAAAGAGACUGAAAUCACAGAAGUAGCUGGCUUAAAUAGGCAGAAGGACUUCCCUGAGUUUUCCACACGAUUCUGUAAUGCCCUUGGGGGCUACAUGAAUAUCAGCGUUUGGUGCAGGCACUCGAAGUUACACUGUAACAGUGAAAAUAACUUACAGGUGUUUGACUGAAAUAAACUCCAGGUAUUACGGACUCUCGCAAAUGAAGACACUAACCCAAGGUCCCUACAGUGUCCCCUGUAAAGGGAGUUGACUGCAUAAGCAUUUGUGAUUCAGGAUUUUAAAAUGAAAGUUCGCUUUGUACGGAGAAAGUAAUAAAGCCGUCUAAUAGACUGAAUUAUUAUGAUGGAAAAGGUUACAGCCUUUGAAUACAAAAUGUACUGACUUCAUCAUCAGUGAAAAAGUCUUGUGACUACUAUUCACUUGAGAGUUAGGAUGUCGGCAAGAAGCCGCCUUGGAUGUAGACUGUUCACAGUCCCCUAUUUUUCUGUGAGAUAGUCGAGAUGUAGCGCGUCCCACCAUUAAUGGCGGCCAUCUUGAUUUUUUAAUGUACUGAGGGGGCAGGCGUCGGGUAUUAUAAGUAGUUUUUCAGCACUCAUGCAAGAUGGCAGCCCGUAACGCAAAGCGCUCGAUCUCGACGAUCUUACAGGAAAAUAGGGGACUGUGAACAGUCUACCUUAGCCUGCGUGGCAGGUGUUAAAAGGGGAAGGGGGAAUUUGGGCGCGCGAGAGCGCGUGGGGCGCCCGAGGGCGAACGCCUGCCACUCAGGCUAAGUCUGACCUUGGAUACUUCCGUGCAAUCUCGCCUGCUGGGCGGGGCGAACACCGCGGCAAAACGUCUACGCAUGCGUCAGGUUAAGCAUUUCCGGUCUCUUUUUCAGUCACACUUUCCAGUCGGAUCAAAGUCUCCCACGCGCUCUCGGCUUCAUUCUGCGUGCAGGUUGUGGCUCAGUUGUUCUGCUUCAUGCUGCUCGUGUUUUUGACUAUUUUGUAGUUAUUGAAAUUGCUUUUAUGGAUAACCAGGCACAGAUCACUGAAACAAUUAGUCGAUUAGAUUCAGAAAAGGUAAGAUGAUAAUAACUCAGUGUGUAAUUUUGGCUAGAGCGUCAGGUAAAGUGUACCCUGCCAGCAGAGUCGCGUCGAUCUUUCCUAGAUAAGUCGGGAAAGAGGGUCCCGACUUAUCUAGGAAGAUCGAAGGAGAGUCUGUUCACAGGGUAGGUAAACUGAUUUUCAUUCACGAAAACAAAGUUUUUGACUGUUAUUUUCCGCUUAACCUGGCUGAAACUAAGAUAUAAAAAGGUAUCAUUGCAAUCUUGUGUAUUGUAGUUCUAAUUUUCAGUUCUUCAGUUUCUCAGUCUUCAUGUCUUAAAGCCGAUUCGAGCUUUAUUUGGAAAACGACAACACACAAUCGCUUUGUACUUUUAUUUACCAGUGAGUUUUACCGUGUUUUAAAACGAAACUCUUCUGAGUUGAUUGCCAUGAAAUAUAAGCUUAAUUAUACUGUUGAGGCUGGCAGCAAGUUGACAACUCUAUCUAUUUUUUUCAUUCUCAGAAUCAGAGAGCGAAAGCUGGUUCGAUGGCUUUUAGAAGUCGAAAUUUUCAUGCCAUGUAUUUAGCAGCUGGAAGUUUCGUGUUUGCAUGAGAUGCAGCCGAGCCGCACAGUCUGAAAUUAUUGAAGUCUUCAACCAAAGAACAACCAUGUAAAAGAAUUAAAUAGGCAUUUUGUGAAUGAAAGUCAUUUAUGCAUCAGUCAAAUCCACCUACGCCCAGGCCCCCCCCCCCGGGCUGACCCCCGGGAAUUAGCAUUUUUUUUGCCUUGGAUGGCAAAUUCCCGGGAGUGGGGACUCUUGAGCUGGCAAAUCCCCCGGGGUGGGGAAGAAAAAAGAGGGCAAAUGCCCCGUCCUCCGUCAACAGUGCAACAUUUUUUAUUGAUCGCACAGUCCAAUAGUGCCAUUUUAAAGUGCGAUUUUUUGUUUAAAUUAACGUCUUCCUUUGUAAUAGCGCUAGGAUUCUAAUUAAGACUUCACGCCGCGACGACAUGCACCAGUUUAUGGUUUUAGUAUUGAUAUAAAAAUUAUUGACAUUAAAACUAAUAGAGCGCUGUUAUAUGUUAUGAAUAGUUUUAUAAAUAUGAAAGGACUGAAAGGGUUUUCUUCAAAUAAUAUCAACAGAAAUUUGAUUCAAUAACCAAAAAACGUUGAUUCACAUCGAUAGCUCCAAUUUCGCUAUGUAAUUCUGGCUUCAUAAGCAAUGAAGAAAUACAUACAUACAUGUAAAAUCGAGAACAUGCCUUUACAACCCUCUACAAUUUAUUCCUGUCCUUGACAGAUGAGCCAAUCUGCCUUUUUUCCAGUAAAACCUUCUGUGUAGUUACAUUCUGAUAGGAAACCGCGUGCAUGUCAAAAGCUCGGGAAUGCCCCGGGGGUUGGCAAAUGCCCGGCCCCCGGGCAGUGCAAAAUUUGCAAAUGCCCCAGCCCCGGGACUGACAAGGCGGGCAAAUGCCCCGCAGUAGCCCGGGGGGGGGGGGGGGCUGGGCGCAGGUGGAAUUGACUGAUGCAUUAUAGGCAUGUUUAGUUUCCCGGCACUGAAAAUUCUGGGUGUUCGUGACUGCAGUCAUCAAAGUCGAAGAUGUUAUUAAAUAUCCCGCCCAUCUUCUGAUUUGAGUUCUUGUUUUCUCUGAUAAUACUAGUAAAAGUUGACACUACAGCUGCCCCCGCUCUGUAUAUUGUCGGUCAAUAGCAUUCUUGCUCGUUGUGUAGCUCUUUGAAAUAUACCGAUUCAUAAGGAAGAUUUUCACACAUAUUCCAUACAAUAGGUGAGAUAAAUACAGGAAACGUAAGGUUCCAUGCACAGUUCCAGGUCGAUUUACACAGCUUUGAUCAAAAGAUUCUCAGUUUCGAGAAUAGUUUAUUCUAAACCAUACUAGGAAAGAUUUAAUUAGAAGUUGAAUUUUUCACUAUUUCUCUUUCACUUUUUACAAUCAGUUCAUUUUAUUUGCCGGAAAGGAAGCCUUAGAAAUUAAAAGGACGUUUGGUCAAUUCACACUCGCGCAUUCUAGUCUUAUUUUAAACUUUAUAGCGGAAGGACAUCUGUGAGCAGGGAAUAAAUCAGCACAGAAUUUGAUUGUCGGCGAAUUUUUGUAAUCGUCCAUCGUCCAUCGUUCUGCUACUGAGAAACUAGCUAGAGUUGUUCACUCGUCUUGCUUGUUUGGGGCUGAGUCUUAUCCCGGUCAAAGAGAGAGAAAGAGUGUCCGGCAAGGUUUCCAAUGAAAGAUUUGUGAACUCGUGUCUGGCAAACUCUCCAAGUGUUUAUAUAUACACAGUUAUUCGCACCUUAUAACUUCUUCUGCUCUUAACGAGUGUCGUUAAAAUUUUGGUCCAUAACUUUCACUGAAACAACUGCUCCACGGAAUGUCACUGAUAACACGUAACGCAAAAGAGUGUCGAAUUAUGACUGCACAAUAAAUGUCACAAAAUCUACCUAAGCGGUCCCUUAGGGAUGUUCUGUCUUUACGUCAUCCUAACCAUUUCAGGGGUGGCGAAUGGUUCUUCAAAAACUCUGGGUCUCGCAAAAUUUUUAGUCGAAUUUCACGGGUCUCGCAGUCUCGUUUUUUGAGCAGUUAUGUGCGUCUCGCAGUCUCGUUUUUUAUACGAAGGUGUCUCGGAGUCUCGAUUUUUUGCAAUGUUUAAGGGUCUCGAAGUCCCGAUUCGUUGGUUUGUAUUUUUUUCAAAUGACGUCUUCUCGUCACUUGAUAUUGAAUUUCAGUAACGCAACUUUCAAUUUCCGAGAAGAAGUUCAUCCUAACUUCUCCUAAAUUGUCUGAAUUCCACAAAAAGCUAGAAAAAUUACCGCAACGUCAUUUUGGAGCCAGAAAAACAGUUAUUUUGUUGUAGCAUAUCAUAACGUAGUGUUAUAGUCGAAUUUCCAGUUCCAGCAAAUACACAAGCUUACACAGAAGCUGGCCAAAAGGCUAAAAGGGGAAUGAAGAAACCCACACAACCCACGAUAGCUCAUGAUGAAACCCACGAAGUCGGAGAACUUAUCGGUUGUCCCCUGUGGAACUGUAAAGGCACAAAUAUUCCCAGUAAAACAAAAAAGUUACUAUUACUCACCUAACAGUGCCCUAGUGCCUCGUACAUGGACAAUUGAAUAAGAUAUUUCCAUCAUUCUUCUUGUCAUUUGUUCGAUGGUCAUCUGGAACCCUUUUAAUAAGUUUUAAUUGUUCUCUGUUCUCAAUUCAUCCAUGCAAUCGGACGAGUUCUGAGACUGAGUGUUAACGACUUUUAACCAAAGCAAUAAAAGGGGGUGGUAGGCCUACACGACUUUUACCUCAUGCCAAAAUGCUGCAUAUUCCAAUAAAGUUGUUUUUACCUGCUGGGUAGAUUAUGCUCUGGAAGGUUCUGCAUUUAUACUGAGCAAAUGUUAUUUUAGCCGCAUGUUUCACACUGAGAGGUCAUGACAUACAUAUCGAUUGACUGUAGUUAUUGUUUUCUGGUCGGCAGGAUUUGCCCUCUGAUGCAAGCGCAUUUUCUUUGACCUCUUUUGAAGCGUAAAGCUUUUUUAUUAGGGCUGAAUAAGGGUUCCAAUUUUCUCCAAAGUGCCUUCUGGAUCUGAAUAACUAAGCGAUUUUCUUUAGUCCGUGAGUGUAAUGUUUUUCUGCAAUGCUGUAUCCCGCUGGGCCCAGCUCAUCAGUUUUCUUUGCAGAAUGUUAAAUUAUCACGGAUAGUGACUUACAGAUCCAAAAUUAUAAGAGUGAACUGCAGCUUAAACUGAAGCUACAUAAACGUACUAUGGAGAAUUGAAUUGAAUUGAAUUGUUCUCCACACUAACCUCAUCAGUUGCCGGGUUGGCUUUGUGCUUAGUUGCUUUUGCAAAAGCAACUUUAGUUGUACUUUGUUGUGGCAAGAACGGUACAGCCGUUCUGUCUAUUGAGCUUUGAACUUGAACAUAAAUACCCACGUGGCGGAUCGAAAUUCUUGUUUUCCUAUUGGCUACUGAACGUAACCAAUUGCGGAGUGUGUAUUUCGAUCCUCUUGUGCUUCGAGCUAGAGAUGUGUUUUCUUGGAUAGCAUUUCGUGAAAAUUUAAGCACUUUCUUUUAUGGGAGAGUUUGAGUUUGAUUUCCCAAGACCGAAGGCACAGCUGGACUCGUGAAGAUUCACUUGUUAGUCUUAACUUAACCAAGCAGAUAACCGCCCGCAGAUUUUUGUCGGGCAUAAAUUAUCUAAGCUUAUCUAGUCAGUUCGGCCGCAUUGCGGCCCGUGAUGGAAGAUGAUGUGGAAUUGAUAAAUGACACUUAAGAGAACGUCAGAGACAAUCGAAAGCUUAAAAAGUUCACAACGAGAAACGCUAGAGACAAAACAGUCAGGCAAAUAACGACAGCGACACCAGUCUCUGACGAAGCCAAGCAAAAUUAAUUUUUUAGAUGAGCUAAUUCAUGGGUAAGCAAACCGAACUAGCAAAACUUGCGUGACAAAUUGCAGGGUAUCAACGGAAACCAUCCAGCCCAACAUGAACAUGAAUGUUUCCACUCAACUAGCUUCAACUGAGUUCAAACACAGCCACGCAUUCUUUUUGACGACUUCCAGACAAAUGUAAGUGACAGCGCGUCAGUCACAAAAAAAUCAAAGGCAAACGACCAAGUGUAACCUCCUGACCGGAAAUUAGGUCAUGGCCAGGAAAAUAAUAGAGUUUAUUGACUGUUGACAGGUUUACAACAAAAGCCUCCUUCGUAAGACUUUUGUACAAGUUAAUUCUAGCUCAUUGUCAUAUCUUCUCAUAGCUCUGAACCAAAUCUGGGGCUCAAAUUUUUAGAAGAGUCUAAACGUCUCGCGCUCGCACUCAAAACACUUUGAAGUCUCGGUCUCGCAAUCUAAAAAGUCAAAAUGUCUCGGGCUCGCAAAGAAAAACGCCAGUCUCGCCGUCUCGCAAAGUCUCGCAUUUACCAUUCGCCACCCCUCAUUUCGUACUUGCGGGCGCAAACAAUAGAAACGUCAUCAUUACCUACCGAUUCCUCGCGGCCCCUGUUCAAGCAAAUCGAGAUUUUUUUCUAUAUUGACUGUAUGACUGUAUAUUUCAACUGUGAGAAUUUUUCUUAAUAUACGCGCGAGCUACUAGAGUGCCUCCUCGGGAUUUCGCCUUCUGGGCGAAAUCCCUGCGGGGGCAAAAAAAGUUAUUGAACGGACUAAAAUUUUAUUUCCUGGUUUCAGUGUUAAUGAUAAUGAAGACGUCUUUAUUUUGGUUUCUUUCAUAAGCAUUGUUAUUCUUUUCUUAGUUGUCGCCUUCUCCCAAAUACAAAUUCGUCUUGUCGAGCGCUCGCGACCUGCAAACUUCAAACAUUUCACCGUUGUUGCAAACAGAUAUUAAACCAUGUGGUGCAAAAGUUUGACGCUAAUAUAAGCUUUCGAAGGAAGUGAAUUUUUUCUCCCCCUUUUUUGUCUGUCUCUCCCUUUUUGCUUUAAAACUUGGUGCGAGGGCAAUGUUAUGCUUACGCAAUUAGUUUAUAUACCUGACCGAAAAUAAAAAGCUGACCGGAUGUUAAAUUUUGUGCUCAUGCGCAGUGCGUUUUGCCGCGGUGUUGGCGGGGCGGGGGGAGGAGAGGGUUUAUUACGGAGCCCCUGAAACCCUGCCCAGACUACGCCCCUAAAUAUUACGUAACAAGUGGCUCGAAGAAAUCUGACAAAUCUGCUAUCUUGACUGUAUACAUCUGUAAAAUAUAUUCUUGAUAGUUGUCCAGCCAUAUGCUGUUGUUCAAUUCGAUUUUUGAUUACUUUGGUGAAUGGUUUCUUUUGGGAAUUCUAAGUAAAUAACACAUUUUUGGUUCAAAUUUGCCCAUCACCGACACCCUCUUUCGCAAUAUUUCUGUGGCUCAUAGACAUUACAAAUCAAUGACAACAAAGUGCCUAUUUGAGGAAUGUCAGAAGUAGCCUAUCACAGCGAGUGUUCUCUGAACCUUUACCCGUGCUACAUGAUUUUUACACGUGCACGUGGAUGUCAACCAAUCAGCGAUGCUUAUUACCAUUCAUGCGUGAACGCUGUGAAAGCGAGGCUGCAUUUGUAUUUUCACGGAUGUUAGGUAAAUUUGUAAGAAAAUUUGAACACAUUCUCCUGAAUCUUUCUUUUACCACUUCUCGCCACUCUGUCGCUUCGAUUCCUUAGGCCUUUGUUGAUUACAUCUCGAGAGAUCUGUUCAACCAUGGCAGAAACAACCCAACGAGUUCUCAAUUUCUCGCCUGGUCCAGCAAAGCUACCCGAAGAAGUAAGUCAGUGGAUCGCGUACAAUUUUUCAGUUUGGAGCAUUUCGAGCAUUUCUCUCCCGAACCUUGCAUUUUUCCUUCGGUCACAAUGCCUUCUUCCUUUAUUCCUAUGUUUUCUUUUACGAUUUCAAUUGAUGUCUGGAAGUAAGCUUACGUAUUAAGUCAGAUAACAUUUAAUCGUGGCGACGAUUUCCCUUGGAUUAUGUAAGACGAAUAGGCGCACACAAGGUCCACAAGAAUGUGUGAAGACAGUUUUAGAUCUCAGUCGAAGAUCAGUUGUGUUUGGAUUCCUGUUGUUAAUAGCAAAGUCUUUCUCGCUCAGAUAUAAUUCAUAGCCUGGUAUACUGGAAUAACGUUGUUUGAAAGUAUCUCAGUUGCUGUGCACAUCCGUGAAACUAACGAAAUUGGCGCGUUUCCCUAAUAUGGGGAGAAAGAUGAAUGCAUUCCCUAAUAUGGGAGAUAGCAAAACAUCGAAGGGAGAUUCCUUGGACUCUGUAGUAUAACAUCAUGUACUACAGCAAUGGAGCGAUUAAUUUAAAUGUUGUUAUUUUGUCAAUGAAAUGCUCGGAGAUGUUAUGGAGCGAAGAGUGUUGCCGAUUUCGUACUUCGAUUUCAGUAACGGCGUGCGCGUCGAGGCGAAGCGAAGAAACGGCAGAAAUUUAAGGUGUGCUUCGGGGUGGAGGUAGUUUAAUAAUGAGCAAUUUCUCAUCGGGUUACGAACAAAAUCAUUGUAAAAAGUUGUUCACAGAUGAUCGUUGUGAUUUAAAGUUAAUCCUUUUUUCGUUCUUACUCAUAAGUUUUCUUGCAUAAAUUGGCUGAUGCAAUACUUCAAACCUGAUACGAGUUUUGUGGGUUAUGGCUACUGCCAGAUGUCAAAACACUUAUCCCCAGUCCAUGGACUAGCCCCACGGGCUACCUAUAUGAACUGCCCUUAAAUGGACUAUGGCGCUCAAAUUUAGUGAUUAGGGUUAGGACACUGAGUGAAUCAAGUUUCAGAUCAGUUUUCCCAGUAUAUUGAACCUAAGUGGAACCUGAUUCACUCAGUUUCUUAACCUGAUAAUCACUAAACUUCAGUGGCAUAGUCCAUUUUAGGGUAGUCCAUAGACUGAGGGUCAGUGUUUUGUCCACCACCCGUUUUUGUGUCAUCAUGCAACUCUCCUCCUCACAAAUGGCUGCUCACAUUCUUGGAAAAGAAUAUCGUUCGAAUGUGAGCAGCUGUUUGUGGGAAGGAGCGUUGUACGGCACUGAAAAUGGCUGCGAGGGAGAUUAUGGCCCAAGAGGAGUGUCUUGUAAACUUGGACAAAUAGAAAAUAAAUUUUUUGGUAUGGUUGUCUCUUCUGUAUCCGAAGAAACCAUUAUUAAUCUCAUAACACUUUUGUAUUGAUUUGUAUUGGCUACGUUUAGGUGAGCAGCUUUUUUCAAGUCUCUUAGUACCUGUAAUUAAUUUGCUCAAAGUACAGACAAUAGUAGUGUUUGGAAUAUGCUGAGAUGUAAAAAUCAGUCAUCAAAAAUAAUCAGAUUUACCCAUCCGGCAACCAAUCGAUCUUGAGUUACUAUGAUUAACGUUCAUUGUUUUGUUUGGUUUUUUAGGUGUUGCUCCAAGCUCAAAAGGAGCUGCUGAACUAUGGAAACCUUGGAAUUAGUGUUAUGGGUAGGUUGUUAAUUGUUUGAAAAUAUGUUUUGUACAUUGCUUCACACAGGAUAAGUUUUUUCUUCUUUAAUUUAUUUUAAACAAACUUACAUUAAAUUUGUUAUUGCCUUUUCUAGAGAUGAGCCACAGAUCUGCUGACUUUGCAAAAAUUGUCAAUGAUGCUGAAAGUGACCUUAGAGAGUUACUGUAAGUUGUCGACAUGUAAUGAGGUUACUUACGCACUAAUACAUGAAAUAAUUUAUAAUACUUGCAUUCUUCAAAUACAGGCCUUCUGAUGGGGAACGAUAAAAAAUCAGAAAUGAUGCUGCAUUUUCAAGGCAGAAUGUUUAAUUUAAGUUAGAAUUUACAGUUUACUUUACUUGACUGUGCAAUCCAAUGCUAUUUGAGGCCAAAUGUGCGAAAUCGCACCAUCGCAUAAUAUCAGAAGCCCUGCAAAGAGCAAUUAAACUGAGUUUUGCAGCUCUCUUUUAUAGGAACAUUCCAGAAAACUACAAGGUUCUCUUUCUACAAGGUGGAGGCACAGGACAGUUUGCUGCAGUUCCUUUGAACUUAGGAAAAGGUUUGUAAAUUUGACAAGAUUUUUUAAGACUUGGAAGAGGGAGGUUAAGCAGGGGUUCUUUUUGGGUCCACUGACUAAGGCACGUCAAUCUCUUAUCAUUGAUUAAGCCAACAGGCUCAGGCAAACUGUGCCUGUUUAAAAAAUUACCAUUUAUUUUCUUUAUUACUAUUGUGCCUAUUUUUUUAAUUUCAUUCUAUUUUAUUUUUUAACCCUCGACUCUUUCAGGUAUGCACAUGCGUACCGUGUGUACAGGCUAUGCGUCUGUUAGUUCUUAGUACAUUAGUAAAAUAAUGAUCCUUUGUAACUUUUAGAGGGGGGAUCUGCUGAUUACAUUGUUACCGGAGCUUGGUCUGCAAAGGCUGCAAAGGAGGUGAAAAUAUCAUUUGGUUAAAUGUAAUUUAACUAAGUUAACCACCACGAGCUUAGCGGUCAAGCGGUUCACAAGCGUAGCGGUCAAGCAAUUCACAAGCAUAGCGGUCAAGCGGUUCACAAGCUUAGCAGUUGAGCGGUCCACAAGUUAAGCGGUCUAGCGGUCCACAAGCUUAGCGGUCAAGCGGUCUACAAGCUUAGCGGUCAAGCGGCCCACGAGCGUAGCGGGCAUCCAGCGGUCAAUCCCAUAAGUGCAGGCUCACAUGGUGUGUGGUAGCUUUGUACAUGGCUAGGAUCUGCAAGUUGUUCAUCGAGCGUUUGUGCAGUGGUCUGUGGAGCGGUUCAUUUAGCGUCUUCCCCCCCUCCCAUCCCUAUUUUUCUUCCUUCCACUGUUUGAUCAGUGUGACGGGUGCCUGGAAUGGGGGCUCAUGGCUGGGUUGCGGGGAUUUGCCAGCCAUGGGGGCAGCUUUUCUAUCUAGGGGCUGGCUGGCCACAGUGGAAGCCCCUGGGUAUCCCAGGCACCCACCUUCCACUGAAGCGAGGCAGUUGGUUAACUUUCCUUUAUCGUCACACAGUAUAGGACAAGGGACAUUUUAUACUAGUACACUGUAGUUUCUUUGGUAUGAAUGCAACAUGCUAAUGUGUAUUUUAUUAGUAAUUUUACUAGCAAUUAUUUUAAUUGCUCGCUAAGUGAUCCUAUGCUUGAAGUGAGAUUUUGAGUAACUUAUGCCUGGAAAAUCAUAGAUAUAUUUUCUAAGUGGGACUCUGAGAUUUCUGCCACCAUAUACUGGUGAAUAUUGUUAUGUCUUUCUCUCUCUCUCUCUCUCUCUCUCUCUUUAAACUGGAUACAUUACUAAAAAAUAAACAGAAACUGGACAUGUACAAUUGUAAUAAUCAAAAGGGGGAGGGUUUGAUAGACGGGUUUGAGUAAACAUCCUCUCACUCUAAUCCAAACCCAAAUUUUAAGACCUUCCAUUGCACCUGCAAAUCAAACCCAGUUCCACAAAUUAUCCUGUUAACACAAACAGGCCACUAGAUAUUCUAAGAGAAGGUUCUUGAAAAGUUCUUAUGAAAGGAUACUCAACUUUAGCAAGAAAGUUAAACUAGAAAUACCAGAGGGGUGAACAUCAGAUUUCCCAAAAAAACAUAGAAUGCAUUUAGGUACUUGUAUUGUAAUUAUUGUGUAUAAUUUGUAAUUAUUGUAUAUAAUUACAUCACUUUAAAAUUUCGUUUUAGGCAGAGAAGUAUCUGAAAGUGAAUCCAGUUUUCAAGAAGCUUGACAAAUAUGACAGUAUGUAUUUAUUUAUUCUUCCUAACAAUGACUGUCAUCUAAGUAGAGAAUUUUGACAAGUUGUCUACCUACAACCAGGCAAUAUUUAAACAGUGAACCUUCAAUGGUCCUCAAGGCUGCUGCCUAACGGGUGUCUGGUCGCCAUUGGCGCCUACGAUCAGCCCGAAUGGGUGCCCAAGAUUUAUGAUUCUUAGGCCAUCUUCUGGUGAAUGAACAACAAAAUUCCCUGCUCAUUCUGCACUUUUGAAACGAAAAUGUAAAACGUUUGGUCGUCAGCCAUAGGUAAUUUCUGCCCAUAAAAAGUAAACAUUCCUAUCUUGCUGUGAACAGAAGCGGUACACUCGGAGAGUUCUUUUAUCACUUAUUCAGCGUUAUCUACACCUCUUUUUAUUUAUUGCCGUAUGUUUGUGGUAAUCAGGGGCACCCAAUGACAGUUUCCUCCUAAAUACAUUGAAAACACUUUUUAGGCUAUCCAAAGUAAUUUAGAGCUCUAGAAUUUAAGCAUUCUAAGCGGCACUAUACUAUUUGUAUUUGUUCGGUCAUCCUAGGGAACUUAAGUCUUUUCGAAAUUUUAAGGGCUUGAGUUGGCUUGAGUAUUCAUUUCCGGAAAAUUUUAGAUGAAAUUUGAAGUAUUACGAAAGUGAGACAUUUUCUAAUUCCUCUCUCAAUCACAUUUUUGAAUCCAGAAAUUUUAGGUUUCCUUUUUAAUUAGAAAAUUAGCCUACCUUUGGAAGUAAAAUGCAAAAAUUAAACUUCAUAAAAUCACAGGGAAUUUAUUAGAUAAGCCUUCGAAAAUUGCACAUGAAUAUGGAACAGUCAUCUUGAAAUUUUUAGCGGUCCUCAAGUAAUAGAAAAUUCUAGGCAAUAUUUGCUUCUCCAAACAGAUAUUUUACAGAAAACAGUCACUGGGUGCCCCUGGUUGAUAAUUGAAAGGCUUGCAAACACAUUGAUUCACAGCGGCUAUUCAAGAUCAUGUUUCCAUCUCUUUUUAAUUUACACCGUCAGGUGCAACGCACCUAAAUACAGUAAAUGCAUACCUCCUACCUUCACAAUAUAAAAACAGUUGUGAUAGUUCAAAAGAUAGACUUGUUACAAAAAUACUUGGUCAAUUUCCAAACUUCAAGAUCAAAAACCUUUUGUUGGUCCUUUUUUUAUCGCCUAAAAAGUUUUUAUUUUAGGAGCCCAAAGGACUCCCAAAAAAUUUUCUUAGGCUGCAACCUUGCCUGGGGACUUGGUGUAGCAAGUAGUGGGACAAACAGGUUAAGUGUGAUGUGAGAUGUCAAUUUGAAAGACCAAAAGCAGAAUACAGAGUAUACUUAUGAGAAUUAAAAUUCAUUUUUCAGCAUUUUUCUUAUUCACUUUGUGCAAAUUGCAAAUUAAAUUUUCUUGUCCAUUCAGUGCUAUUUGUGUAGUUACUUUUUUGUACUUUCACUCUAAAGUCGAUAGUUAUGCCGAUGGAGUGAUGCAUUUUUACUUCAAAAUUUUUGGUUGGUGUAUGAUUCAAGGUUGAUUUAUUUUGGACUUAUAUUUUAAGACUUAAUAGGUUGACUUACACUGGUAAAAACAGUAUGCCAUGAUCUUGCUCCACGUGACCUGGUUUUCUUUGUUACAGGAAUACCCCCACAAACAGAGUGGAAUUUAGAUCCAAAUGCUUCAUAUGUCUACUACUGUGCCAAUGAAACAGUUCAUGGUAUGUUCAUUGAUCAUAUUUCUUUUGAUUGUCGCGAGAUGUUAUAUUCAUUUUGUGAAGGAAGCAUUAAGAUGGAUUGCUCGGCGACAUUUCCAGAGACUACACAAAGUACAUAUAUGAAUAUUUCUCAAGAAAAGCCCCACGGACUAGCAUUGUCUAUCUUGGGGAUCACGUUUGCCAUGUGCACUGUAGUUUGUGGCAUAAACAGUGUGCAUUGUAAUCUAAUGAAAUAAGAACACAACUGGGAGUGCAUUUAUUUCAUUUGUUUUUCUACACCGUUAUUUAUUUUUGUUUUGCAUCAUGAUACAUUGUUCUCUACAGGAGUAGAGUUUGAUUUUGUCCCAGAGACAAAUGGAGUUCCACUUGUUUGUGACAUGUCUUCAAACUUCUUGUCAAGGCCUGUCGAUGUUAGCAAGGUAAAGUUUUUCAAAGUAACCUACUACAGUGCAAUCCAUGCAUGUAGUAAAGGCGUGAUGGGAAUGCAAAUUUUUAAUGAAUGAUGAUGAUUAUUAUUUUUGUUAAUGCUGUUCUUGUUUUUGUUAGAGUGUAUUAGUAUUCAGACCCAAUUUUUAGGCGUUCAACCUCAUCUGAUCCUAGUUUACCCUUUUUUUAGUACGGUCUGAUCUAUGCAGGAGCUCAAAAGAAUGUUGGGUGUGCUGGUGUGACUGUUGUCAUAGGUAAGGCUGUGUGAUUUCUUAUGUUUGCUAUUCAAGGCUUUUAUUAUUUUAUUUUUAUUUUUUCAUUUUUGUGCCUCUAAAUUUUAAGGCACUGCUAUCCGCAGCUCUGUAAUUAUAGCUGUUAUUAAUUUGCAGCUAGAGAAGAUCUGAUAAGCAGCCCUUCACCACAAUGUCCAGUUGUCUUUGACUACAAGGUACUUUGUUUCCAGCUGUUUUCAUUUACCAGCUAGUAUAUACCCUUUAAGCCCUAAGAGUGAUCAGCAUCAAAUUUCUCCUUGUUAUAUAAAUGCUUUGUAAAACAGAGUGGUCAUGAGAAUUACGGACAUGAUCACACAAGAUGAAUUUGCUUGAUAUUUUGUCAACUUCUCCCCACUACUUCUGUAGGAAAUGAAUAAAGGAAACAAAGGAGAACUCAAAUUAUUUUUCUCUUGGGGUUUAAAGGGUCAAAUUUUCCCUAUUAUCAGCACUGAAGAAGUACUGUUGAUUAUGAAAUUGUUCCACUACAGUCAUAGAAUGAGGACACAAAGUUAUUAUUACUUAAGGUUGUGUUUUCUUGACAGGUUCAAGCUGGCAUGAACUCGUUGUACAACACACCGCCAACAUACAGUAUUUACAUCAUGGGCCUUGUAUUCAAGUGGCUUAAAAGGAUUGGAGGAAUUUCAGGUGCUGUUAGUUUACCCACCUUGCAGACCAAACCAACAUGUACACAUAUGGACCUAGUUUAGUGUCUAGUGGCCGUAGCUCCUGUAGUGUAGUGGUAAAGCAUCUGGAUUAGUAACCAGAAUAUCAAAGGUUUUGAUUCCUGUUGAGAGUACUGGGAUUGUUUGAGCCUCUUGUGUCACUGACUGAAAAAACAUCUUUCUUAUGACACCCACAAAGUACAGAUUUCUCUGUCAGACAUCUCUUGGUAUAUCCCAGAGAGACUUAGUGCACCAUGCCCAUGGCACAACAUUAAGCUGAUUUAGCAACAGAACCGGAAAGUUAGUUGAUGACGGCGCGUGCAAAUCAAACAACUGGCUUGACCAAUGGCAGAGCGGCAAAUUGAGCACCAGAAGUCGUGUUUAGUCCUUUCCGCAUGCUUUCCCUUCAUUAACUGAUGUUCCCGUCCUGUUGCUAAAUCAGCCUAUUAUUUUGUCUUGGCAGCUGCUCUUGUUUAAUUUGGUUGAGCAACACUCAAGAGCAAAAGUUAGAUAUCAGGGGCUGCCAGAGCAUAGUUUUGCACUUUAUUCACACUUUGCUUUUAGAUUUGUUGCCUGGCAAAACAAAAGAAAUAACAAAUUACACAUAUAUUUUUAAUGCUUCAUUAAAGACACACUGGUUGCAAUUCAAUGUUCACAGCUUGAUGUACCGAAUUUUUUCAAUCUAUAGAAAUAAACAGAAUUAACCAAAUGAAGGCCGAUCUUCUGUAUGAUCUAAUAGACACUUCAGAUGGCUUCUACUGGUAAGAAUAUUAACAACAUCUUUUAUGAAAUAAAAUGAAAACAGAAAUCAAAAUGAAAUGACAACCUUUUCACCAUUACACUGCUAAGCAAGGUUUUGUCAAAAAAGGAAUUGUCCGUGGCAGAGGAAAAGAGAAAGGUGAUUUAAAGAAAAAAGUUUGAACUGAAGAUGACAGAUAUUCCUUUGCAGCAAAAGUUGACAAAUUAAUGAUCCUCACUGUUUAAUUAUUGUAAGAACUUCGGAUUUCUUCAAGAAACUUGAAUAUUGGCUAUAAUGUCACUGUUACUCUGCAAAUGAUAAUCAGGUCAUAGAAAUAUAAGAAAAUGACGUCUAAAAACAAAUUAUCUUUAUUUGAACAAGCUUCAGACUUCAUAAGUGCCAUUAGAAAUGCCUUAUGUCAAUGCUAAAAGGUCGUGGUAAAUUUUUUCGUGUUUUUUAAUUUUGUUAUUAUUUGUACCCCCUCAGAGCUGCAAUUAACUGUUGGUCAAUGUCUGACAAAAUCCUACCUACAGUCAGUUAGACAUGAUAACCAGACAGAUCAAAUACGCAAGACUAUCAUUUUGUAGCCGAUCAUGAAGAUUUGUGUAGUAAUUGUAGAAGUUGAAGGACAAACUAAUAUUAGCCUGACGACAAUGUUUAUGAUUUGUCCAACUAAAAUGGUGACCUGGUUGGGCUUUCUAAAAAGGAAAAGAACUUGAGGGCGUGAGUUUUCAAAGUUUAAUUCACCCGUGUUAUUGCACCGUAUAUUCGCAGAUGAUUAUUUAUUACUAAAUUAUUUCUGUGUAGCGGCACAGUGGAGAAAAAGAGCAGAUCAAGAAUGAAUGCUCCUCUAAGAAUUUCCAGCCCUGGAGGUGACCAAGAACUAGAGAAGAAAUUUGUUGAGGAAGCUGCUGCUCAAAACAUGAUUCAGCUCAAGGGCCACAGGUCAGUU